AUGGAGGGGCCAGAUGUCGUUGGUCGUCGAUGUGGCUGGGUUCAACACUGGGCCGUCAGUGAGGGGGGAGGCUGUGGCAGUAAAGAGGGGGACGUGGGCUGGACACUGUCCCUCAUUAAGUGGGGCUGGACUGGCGGACCCCAUAAAGACCCCUUUAAUGAUCUGACCAGGAGGAGCUCCAAGCUCCAACAGUUUGCCCACAGUCGUAAAAACUGUCUGAUAUCCCCAAGAUUCUCCACUGUGAUUUGGUCAUAGCUCUCAGCACCAGCUGUUCUAGCCUGUUUAAAUCUAACACGUGGGCGCCGGCCCCCUCCGGUUACAGUGUAUGCCAUAUGUACAGCAACAUUGAUCUGAAACUGAACUGGACUGCUCCCACUGGUCUGCUUCAAACAGUUUCUCCACCUAUGUCUCCCCCUGGAUGAUUGAAUGGAACAUAUGCAAGGACAAACAUUAAGGAUUCCAGUAUUUGGUGUAAUAUCAUAUGGCCCUGUUGGUCAUACCAUUGUGAUUGAUUUAUGGCGCCAUUGGGGUUUCUCACAUUACCACUUUGUAUGCUUUGCCCUCAUUCUUUCCUUCCCCAUUCAAUGAAACCAAAUAUGGCCUUGGUUUUUAUAUUCAACUAACCUAGUCCAAGACAAAAUUUCCUUUAAAAAAUAUAUUGAUUUAGGUGUCACAUAGCCAAGGCGUGGCAGCAGCCACAAGCACCCCUCACUCUAUCUCUUGUUUAUCUAGUCCUUAACUCCACACACAACUGUUGUGUUGGGCUGUGGGCCGGGGGAAUGGUGAUGACCUCCUAAUGUGGAUUCAAGUGAGGCAGAAAUGCAAAUGUUAGUUGUCCAGGUUCCUCCUGGUAUCCCGGCAUCGCCGCAGCUGCCAUUUCCUCCCCCCCACACACACAUGCACAUACUGUACACACACACACACCCCGCCUUGGCGCCCACCCAGAAUGCAAUACAAUAUCCACCAGCAUCCCAGCUGCAGACGCUUUAAGAUAUCCUCUGUUGCUAAUAUUCCAUUCCGUUGAAUGACAGAAGCCUACAUACUUAAUCAUUAGGGCUUCCGGCACAAUGGUCCUCUUCUUUGAGACCUAAGUACCAAACUGGAAAAAACAACAACUGAUUUCAAGAUUUCAAGAAAGAACAAAUCUGAUUUAAUGAUUGGUUUAAUGUUGUUCUCCUCCUACUGGUGUUAAGUGAACUUUGCAUAAACCAAACAUCCAGAUACAUUUAUAAUUAAAAUGGUGUUUGGAUAAGGUGUCCAAUCUACUCUCCACUCUGUUGCCUUUGGUUACGGCACACACACACACACACACACACACACACACACACACACACACACACACACACACACACACACACACACACACACACACACACACACACACACACACACACACACACACACACACACACACACACACACACACACACACACACACGCUCUCUCUCUCUCUCUUUAAACUCCAUUGUUUCCAGUACUUUAGUAGAAUCUUAUGGCUCUUCUUUGGCUGCGGCUGUUUUGGAGGGUCUGUUUUGGAGGGUUUUUGGCGCUUUGUGGUGGAACUGCUCCUUGGCCAGGCAGUAGAGAUCACAGUGGAGGGCUCUGUAUCUGGCAGAUGAGUCUCUUUUAAAGAGACAUCUGAAUACGGCCCCAUGGUUUUUCCCUUUGUAUUUCACCGGGAUGUUACUUUACAGCUAUGAACAGUGCAAAGCUUUUGCUCUUUUUACCCCUUUCUUCCUCUCUUUAGUUUUUUAAGAGGCAGUUUGUGUGUCUCUGCACUCUCGUUCCCUCUAUGCCUCCCUCUCUUUCUCUCCAUCCCUCUCCAUUGUUUACCCUUUAUUCAUUUAGCAGUAAAACGUUUUCAGUGUAAACUUAAAUGACUAAACUAGAUCAAAAGUAUGUAGAAAAUAUAAUGGAGUAUAAGAUCAUCUUUGAGAACUAACAAUCAUCAAAAUAAAAACUAGACAGUCAGGGAGAAUCUAAAAUUCCCCAAAUGUCAUGGCAUGGGGCCCCCAUUGAUUUUUGAGUUACUCAGAUAACAGAAGAACAAGGCAUAAGCCAUGGCAAAAUGUGUACAAUUGCAGGAAAUUAGCUUUAAAACUGCAACAUUUUCUCUCACCCCAUUGCAAAAUGUGUAGAAUUGCUGAAAAUUCGCUUUAGAACAGCUAAGUUUUGUCUCUGGCCCAAGAGGAGGGCCUCUAUAAUUUCGGUCGGAGACAGCGCCCUUGGCCACACCCACUACCCCCCCCCCCCCCCCCCCCCACACGCUAACUUUGCCACCGCUGCUGAAAAAAAUCCUAGGGGAAACACUGCUCUCUUUUACUUGAAAACCGAUAUCCAAAAGACUGCUUCAGGUUACAGUGCUGGCUCGCAGAUACUUUUCGAAAGGGGAACACAGUGAUAUCGCAGUGGUGGGUGGGGAGGGAGGGAACACAGCGCGGUAGGAGCUACUCUCCCCUGCCGGCUAUGCUGAAGGCCUUCAGCUACUGCCCAUUGUGAGUCGUCUCAAAGGGAUUGGUUUGUGAUGGGGAUGACAUUUGCCCUCUCACUCCCACAUUAUGUAAAUGAGAGCACAAAGGAGAGGGAUGAUUUUUUUAUUUUUUUUAUGUGUGUGUGAGUGUGUGUUUGUGUGUGAGAUCUGCUCCAUCUGUGUUUGCUUGUGUUAGUGUGUGUUACGCAUUAACAUUUCCGUGCCCUGAGGCAUCUAAACAGCAUGUUGUUUCCUGGAGAAAGACACCACCAGGCUAAACUGGUUGUCAUGUAACUGAACUAGCCCACCAACCCCACCGUGCUGCCUGGUUUUGGUAGAGUAGAGAGGGUAACUAGAGAUCCCUCACCGGGCCUCCAGGCUCCCCUCCCAAACUCUGUCAUUGUCCCCACUACAUAAAGGAUGGGGAACUUGUAACAGAAUUUGGGCCAACGUGGUUUCGAGGUUCACGGACAUCGCCCUUUCCCAGAGUCUCUCUUUCUUGCUCGCAGUGACCAUUACCGGUUCUAGUGGUUUUAGUAGUCUCUUCUGAGAAACCUAAUACUUCGGAACCACGUUGGCCCAAAUUCUGUUACAAGUCCCCCAUCCUUUAUGUAGUGGGGACAAUGACAGAGUUUGGGAGGGGAGCCUGGAGGCUCCAAGUUAACAUUAAUUUACUAGGUUAUCCCUUGCCAUCUCUAACCAGAGCCUAAAAAACAUGUUUUGCCCCUCCCUUGGUAUGUAAUAAAUAUUUGGGUGCUAGUCCUGCAGAGGAGUCUGGACGUAAAUGUAAAUGAUGUAAAUUAAGGAGCUAUAGGAGGACGGGCUCAUUUUAAUGGCUGGAAUGGAAUACAUUCAAAAAUUGUGUAGCUGGUCGACGCACCUGUUCUGAGUGCAAUGGUCACACAGACUUUCAUGGAAGGGAAUAAAUGGAACGGUAUUAAAGACAUUAAACAUAUAGAAACAACAAUAUUGACUCUGUUCCAUUGAUUCCAUUCCAGCUAUUACAAUGAGCCUGUCCUCCUAUACCUCCUUCCACCAGCCUCCAUUGUAAGUCCUGCUGGUGCUUUUUGACACAUCACUAAUGGAAGUUAUAAGAGAAGCACAGGUGGACUUUCUGUAUUCACUGUUGUCUUUUGUGUUUUUCUCUCUUCCCUCUUUCAUUUUGCUUUCAUGUGGUUGGCUCUGAACAGGUCAAUAGGGGAGUUUAAAUGGAGGUAUACAGAGAGAAAGCACAAUGUGACUUAAAAAAAGUUAGACUUAAAUGUUUUUGUUGUUGUUGUUGACGAUUGGUGUCUGUGUAUUCCAGUUUUUAGUUCCUGGAAUUGUAUCACAUUACACACGUGUUUGGCAGGACAAUGGCACUAUAUUUCUGACAAAUGACAAGCAAUUGUCAAAUGUUCUGUGCAAGUGUUAUAGCUUGACCACUUUCUUUCACGCACAACAAUCUUUUGAAGUGAGGUGAAAAAUCAUAGCGUUCCUAUUUAUUUCAAUUGCUCAGCGUGGAUUCGUACUGUAGUGUGAUUUUAAAAACACAGUGCUGUUGCAGUUGUCAUGGGCCUCAUUUCCACAAAUCACUCUGACAUCUGCUGGAAGGCAACUGAAGGGGAAAUAAAUAUAAAAUAAUACAGCUGAUGGAUUAUUCAGUGGCUUGCUGCUGCAAUCGCUGUACAUGUUCGAUUUUUUUCCAACCUCUGUCUCCAUCUGUUUUUUCAACAGAGGCCACACAAGUCAAUAACUAGGUCAAUAAUUCAAUAUUUCCAGAGCCCAUGAUCAGAUAUGUUAUUCAAUUCAUUUAAUGGUUUAGCGUUUAUUUUUUUUGCUCAUAUGUUGAGGCCCAUUUCUCAUCUCCCAAAAACUGCAUGGCUUUGGAAACAACAUGAUUCCAACCAUCUGUUUUGAGGGUUUAGAGGGCAGCAGCAUAACAUCAACAGACCAGGCUUGGAUUGUUUUCUAGUCUGACCUGCCAUCACGUGUAUGUGCCACGCAAAUGCUCUGUUCAAAUACUGAAGCCACAGUGUUGGUAGUGAUGAAGACUCGAUGCCAUUGCCUGCUGAUGCCAGGUCGACUUUCACAAAUGAUCAAUGUCAUAUUUUCCCGCGGAACGAUUUGAGAUAGCGAGGCAGACAGUGUUACAACGUUUAGAGGGUUUUCUAGAGGCACAAUGCUGACAUCAUAGAAUUGGUAAAACUGUAAAAGUUUCUGCUGUAUGGCUUGUUUAUUGGAGCUAGGUCUGUUUAGGAGAAGCCCAACACCUUCUCAAUAGCUGUAUAAUGUGAGAAAUACAGUGUGGUGUGGCCGUGACUAGCUGUGUGUGGAUGGUGAAUUACUGCCUCCCAGGGCUUCCAGGCCUUACCACUGAAGAUUCUAACACACUGGGAUAUUAAAGUUAGUUUUACUACCCCAUUAACAACCAUGGAGGGCUAUGCAUUUUUCAGUAUCUGUCCGAGCGAGCUGCUCCUAGAGAACAGAGAAAACAGAGGGAAUAAUUUCCCUUACAUAACAUCAUGCAUUAUGUUGAGGAAUAGAAAUGAGAACAAAAACAGAAAACACACACGAAAACAAGAUGACUUUUAGCAUGCACAGCAAGAGUUCUAUCAUCCAAUAAAGACUAGUGAAAUGCACAAGCUCAAGUAGUUCCCCUGACGAGAGUCAGAGGCCUGUGGAUAACUAUAAGACAGACCUGCCCUGGAGCCCUGAGCCUGCCUCUGAAGAGGCCCUGAUCAGUAAUCAGGCUAACAGGACUAGCCACAGUCUAGGCUCCUGGUCGGCUGCUAUUCACAUCAAAUCAAAUCAAAUCAAAUUGUAUUUGUCACAUGCGCCAAAUAAAACAGGUGUAGACCUUACAGUGAAACGCUUACUUACAAGCCCUUAACCAACAAUGCAGUUUUAAGAAAGAAUACCCCAAAAAAUCAUACACAAUAAUAUAAUAUAAAAUAAUACGAAAUAAAACUAACAAAUAAUUAAAGAGCAGCAGUAAAAAUAACAAUAGCGAGGCUAUAUACAGGGGGUACUGGUACCGAGUUAAUGUGCGGGGGCACCGGUUAGUCGAGGUAAUUGGGGUAAAUGUACAUGUAGGUAGAGUUAUUAAAGUGACUAUGCAUAGAUAAUAAACAGAGAGUAGCAACAGCGUAAAGGGGGGGGGGGGGGGGGGGGGGGGUAAUGCAAAUAGUCUGGGUAGCUAUUUGACUAGAUGUUCAGGACUCUUAUGGCUUGGGGGUAGAAGCUGUUUAGAAGCCUCUUGGACCUUGCCGUGUGGUAGCAGAGAGAACAGUCUAUGACUAGGGUGGCUGGAGUCUUUGACAAUUUUUAGGGCCUUCCUCUGACACCGCCUGGUAUAGAGGUCAUGGAUAGCAGGAAGCUUGGCCCCAGUGAUGUACUGGGCCAUACGCACUACCGGGCAGCCCGUCAGGAAGUCCAGGAUCCAGUUGCAGAGGGAGGUGUUUAGUCCCAGGGUCCUUAGCUUAGUGAUGAGCUUUGAAGGCACUAUGGUGUUGAACGCUGAGCUGUAGUCAAUGAAUAGCAUUCUCAAAUAGGUGUUCCUCUUGUCCAGGUAGGAAAGGGCAGUGUGGAGCGCAAUAGAGAUUGAAUCAUCUGUGGAUCUGUUGGGGUGGUAUGCGAAUUGGAGUGGGUCUAGGGUUUCUGGGAUAAUGGUGUUGAUGUGAGCCAUGACUUUCAAAGCACUUCAUGGCCACAGACAUUUAGGCAGGUUACCUUAGUGUUCUUGGGCACAGGGACUAUGGUGGUCUGCUUGAAACAUGUUGGUAUUACAGACUCAGACAGGGAGAGGUUGAAAAUGUCAGUGAAGAAACUUGCCAGUUGGUCAGCGCAUGCUCGGAGUACAUGUCCUGGUAAUCCAUCUGUUCCUGCGGCCUUGUGAAUGUUGACCUGUUCAAAGGUCUUACUCACAUCAGCUACGGAGAGCGUGAUCACACAGUCGUCCGGAACAGCUGAUGCUCUCAUGCAUGUUUCAGUGUUACUUGCCUCGAAGUAAUUUAGCUUGUCUGGUAGGCUCGUGUCACUGGGCAGCUCGCGGCUGAGCUUCCCCUUGUAGUCUGUAAAAGCCCUGCCACAUCUGACAAGCGUUGGAGCCGGUGUAGUACGAUUCGAUCUUAGUCCUGUAUUGAAGCUUUGCCUGUUUGAUGGUUAGUCGGAGGGCAUAGCGGGAUUUCCUAUAAGCUUCCGGGUUAGAGUCCCACUCCAUGAAAGCGGCAGCUCUACCCUUUAGCUCAGUGUGGCUGUUGCCUGUAAUCCAUGGCUUCUGGUUGGGGUAUGUACGUACAGUCACUGAGGGGACGACGUCAUCGAUGCACUUAUUGAUGAAGCCAGUGACUGAUGUGGUGUUCUCCUCAAUGCCAUCGGAAGAAUCCCGGAACAUAUUCCAGUCUGUGGUAGCAAAACAGUCCUGUAGCUUAGCAUCUGCUUCAUCUGACCACUUUUUUAUUGAGCGAGUCACUGGUGCGUCCUGCUUUAGUAUUUGCAUGUAAGCAGGAAUCAGGAGGAUAGAAUUAUGGUCCGAUUUGCCAAAUGGAGGGCGAGGGAGAGCUUUGUACGCGUCUCUGUGUGUGGAGUAAAGGUAGUCUAGAGUUUUUUUUUUCUCUGGUUGCACAUUUAACAUGCUGGUAGAAAUGAGGUAAAACGGAUUUAAGUUUCCCUGCAUUAAAGUCCCCGGCCACUAGGAGCGCCGCCUCUGGAUGAGUUUUUUCCUGUUUGCUUAUGGCCGUAUACAGUUCAUUGAGUGCGGUCUUAGUGCCAGCAUCAGUUUGUGGUGGUAAAUAGACAUCUAUGAAGAAUAUAGAUGAAAACUCUCUUGGUAGAUAGUGUGGUCUACAGCUUACCAGCUGUUGUUUACAAAUAUACAUAGACCGCCACCCCUUGUCUUACCAGAAGCUGCUGUUCUAUCCUGCCGAUACGGUGUAUAACCCACCAGCUGUAUGUUAUUCAUGUCUUCGUUCAGCCACGACUCGGUGAAACAUAAGAUAUUACAAUAUUUAAUGUCCCGUUGGUAGGAUAUACGUGCCUGUAGUUCAUCCACUUUAUUAUCAAGCAAUUGUAUGUUGGCCAAUAGUAUCGAUGGCAAAGGCAGAUUAGCCACUCGUCGCCGGCUCCUUACCAAGCACCCCGAUCUCCUUCCGCGAUAUCUCCUUUUCUUUCUACUGCGAAUGACAGGGAUGAGGGCCCUGUCGGGUGUCUGGAGCAAAUCCCUCUCGUCCGACUCAUUAAAUAAAAAUUAUUUGUCCAGUUCAAGGUGAGAAAUCGCUGUUCUGAUGUCCAGAAGCUAUUUUCGGUCAUAAGAGACGGUAGCAGCAAAGUUAUGUAUAAAAUAAGUUACAAACAAUGCGAAAAAACACACAAAAUACCACAGUUGGUUAAGAGUCCAUAAAACGGCAGCCAUCCCCUCUGGCGCCAUCAUUUUGAACAUGUUCAGAAGAAUAGGUUCAAUCCCAGUCUCCAGAAUUGCUCUUCUUGUACCUGGAGGCCUGAGAGGGGACUGUUGAAGAAAAUGGGAUGCCACCUGCCACAGUUUAAUCCUCCAACUUUUUCCAACCUGGAGGCAAAGUGGCAGCAGUAUUGUACCAAGUCAGUCUAUGUUAUAGCUAGAGGGCCAGCCGUUGCCAAGUUUUGAUUUCCCCGCCUUGAGUCUUACCCCAAAAAUGAGAACAGCAUACUCAGUAGCAACCAGGAUUUAAAGUAUCACAUCCAAGGCUAGGAUAUACUUGCUAGUGCAAGCGUAUUUCAUUCAAGUGUCUUCCCACAAUACAACAACACUAAAAGCCUAUCUAGUAUCACUCUUCCUUAAAUUAUAUAAACAAAUAUCACUAUCAACAUUGUGGCAAAUGAGAUUAGUCAUAUAAUGUAUUCUGCAUCAUGUCUCGCAGUAGCAUCUUUCUGUCUGGACCUGCCUCCACCUCCUGUGGAAAGAAAUCUCAACAGGACAAAGGACUACAACAUAAGGAACUGGCCAGUGGAUUAGUCUACGACAGACCAUGUGGUUUGUUGUUUAAUCACUCAUCGUGUGUUGUUCAAAGUGCAAAGAAAGGGCCACUCGGUAAACAUAGACAGAGGAGCUCUAAUGGCAGUGGGAUGUCUUCCUGAUCAAGCUCUUUUCCACGGUGCCCAUGACACGCUGUAAACCCCAGUCUGUCUGUUUGCCAUAGAGGUAGGGACUGGUAAGGCAGGAUGGAAGGAUGAUGAGGCUAGCCUCUCUCUCUCUCACUCUCUCUCUCACUCUCUCAGGGUCUUUAGUCUUCAGAGUGACUCAGGUGGAGGCUUUGUGCUUGCUUGCACUCCUGAAGCUCUACAACCCACUUAACAGCUGGGUAAAAUGCAUCGCCAUGCCUGCUCUAAAAGCAUUGUCUAAUUACCGAACAAUUAUCGUGUUAAAUUAUACGUAGCCCUUUACACUCAUACUAAUAAGCGCCUAAAUUGGAACGUAGUGGCUGUACAGUAACAUACUAUACAUGACGUCAGAGCUUUGGCUCUGUGCUUCACAUCGCUGUAUGGGUUUUGACUGACAGCUGUUCUGAACUUGAGCAUCGCUGCACAACAAGUAGUUGCCCCCAUCCCUCCCGGUAAUUGGGCAACUUUUGCACAUUUUUUGUUGUCUGAGUGAGGAAAAUGCUGUCAAUUAAGAUGACUGUAUGGAUUUUGAAAGAUGAGAUGUUGAGGAUUAUAAUAAAUACUGCUUUGUUUGAUGUACAGUUAUAGGAUGGCAUGUCGUCAUACCCUGGGUUGUUCUGAACAGAAUGAGCCUAUGUUUGUUUAUUGUUGUGAAGAACGUUUGCCGUGGCACACACACCUGAAUCCACUCAUGACUAUGCACACCGAAAUUACGAUCUGUUUCCCAGAAUGUUCUUGUAAAAGCCUAAUAACACUGUAAGAUCAUAUUUUAUAACUUAUCUAAUCAUGUUGGCAAAAGAACAAUCUUUCAAAUCAUGCCCAGCUGACCCAGAUUGCGUUUUAUAAUGGACCGUUUUUGGAUUGCGUAAAGAAAAGUAGUAAUUGUGUGAUGGCGGGGAUGCAGGGUUGUGUUCCAAACUAGACAACUACAAGUGUGCUCGCUCUAGUUCUUCAACAGCACAGCUAGGAGAGCUCAAAAAAGUUACUUAUAGUUGAAAACUCUUUUUUUGCGUCAUAAAAGUGCAUUAAAAUUGCUUAGGAACUGUGCACACUUUGGAGAGGUGUGUGGCCAUUUGGAAACACCAGUUUGUCCUCGCACUCAAAAUGUUGUUGUCUUAUGUUGCACCUACCCCACAUUUUCCAGGAAUAGUCUUAUCAUGUUACUGAAUGUAUCCAGAAUAUUUUCAGAUGUUGUUAUCAACAAACGUCAGAUCUACGGUAUGCCAUUGCGACUUUAUUCACAACAAAAGACCCAGUCAGUACAGAAAACACAACAUUGAGACAGCAGUUUUUUCGUCAUUAUAAAUAACCUGUUUUCCAUUAAGGUCAUAAUCAGAGAGGCAUCAGUGGUAUUCUCUCUAGGACUUAUCGUGAAUAUUUAGUGCUUGUGCAUAGCCGUGCAUAUACAUACAUCACCGUUUUGAUUAGUUAGAACAUGAUGACUUGUUUGCAGCACCACAUGGCUCCACGCAGCGUGCGGAUGUCAUCGUGACUCCUUUCUCCCGGGGCUAGCUCUAACUUGCUAUCAACAGCCAGGCAACAGACUGUUCCCAGGAGCCCCAGUCAGUGUAAAAACCAAUCCAAGGUCUGAAAACGUUUUCACAGACUUGCCUGCUUGCCGUGUCUCUCCAAGUGGAGACAGAUUUGUACACGGUCAUGCUUGCGGUUUGGUGUUGGAGCCCGAGACAAACCGAGGACAGAUGUGUUUUGAGUCUUCCCCCCUCCCCCCGUUCUCCACCGUUCUCCCCCUCCCAGAUCCCCUAAUCUGGUCUUCAUUGUGUCUGUAAUAAAGCACAGCUGUAGGCCUAUAUAUCCUGUGCUGAACCCGCUCAGUUCAGCUGAUUAAACCGGGCUAAAAGGACUCUCUCUCCAUGUGGAACAGAGCCCGACAGACAUACAGCUAUACAAACAUACCAAUACAUAUGGAUAGAUAUGCAUAUUCUACUGCCGGUGUCACUAUUAGGUCUAUGACUGAGCCAAUCAGAAAACCAACCAUACAGCCAUUCCCAAAUAUAUGGAGAUAUACAUAUUCUCCAACCAGUGUCACCAUAUAAGUCUAAUGCAGCCAUACAGCCAUACAUACUGAAAUACAUAUCCCCCUACAACAUGACUGAGCCAUCUGAACCGAUUUACAUACUGCAGCCAAUACCUGCAGGCUAGUCACAUGCCGCUGUAGCCAUACAUGUAUACCCAAAUGUAGCAAUGCAUCUAUACUCACACCAUCAUAGCAAUAUGUAAAAGCAUGGUUUAUCAUAUCCAUCCUUGUUAUUAAAGCUAUAAUGUGCUCUCCAAUACAAUCAGGGCAAUCUUAUACAUACACACAUCUGUGGCAUAUACAAAUAUGUAUGACAUUCUUAUAUGUAUGACACAUUUUAUUUUCAAACAAGUAUCUUUGAAAAGGGGUAACAUAUCACCUACUUCACAUUUGGUUUGAUAAGAGCCCUUUAGAAAGGAUCUAAAUGAUUGUUUGUGCAUCCUAAAUGACCAGUGUCUGGUGCUGUGUUAGGUUAAGCCGAGACUCACUCUGCAACAUUACGGUACGUCAAUUUGUAGGUUGGAGAUGUUUCUGCUGCCAAGGAAAAAGGAAGUAAUGCAUAUGAAAGUGAGAAACAGGCCUUAAUGGAAAGAUGUGAUGCCGUCGUCUCUCGCAAAUUGAUGCUACAUGUGCGCUUCAGAGGUUUUAUGGGAGAGAGAGAUGACAACAACAAAGAUCGAUAACCACCUCCUCCGGUCUGUACAUGAGAUAACCUCAUGUUUAAUUUCCACUGACCUGCAGUGUUUUUUCCAUCCUCUUGUAAUUUACAUUUUUGUCAUUUAGCAGAUGCUCUUAUCCAGAGUGACUUACAGGAGCAAUUAGGGUUAAGUGCCUUGCUCAAGGGCACAUCAACAGAUGUUUCACCUAGUAGGCUCAGGGAUUAGAAUCAGCAACCUUUCAGUUACUGGCCCAACACUCUUAACCGCUAGGCUAACAGGGAAUACUGUUAUAGCUUUCCAUACAUACUGUACAUCACCGUCUGCACAUAACACCGUGUACAGGAUAUCUCAAAUAGAUUCCUGUAUACUGUAUAUGCAGGAUUUCUUUGUUUAUUUACUUUAACAGUGAGGCGUCCGACCAUCAGUGCUAUUACAGAAGUCUGUGCCAUCCAUUUCAAAGUGUGAUUCAACCAGCCUGCAGAUACAGACAUUAUUGCUUGCACAGAUGGAUGAUCCCGCUACCCCCCAUACUCCAUCCCCUCCAGUCUCACAUCCCCUACUUCCCCGCCUCCCCCCUCUCAAUUUCAUUACACUCAGUUGGUUGAUCUCUUUUGAGCCACUAAGUUUGUGUGGUGGAUGAAGGGGGAUGGGGGAGUGGAAUCUAGAAUCUAGCAGGUCGAGGUAGGUUAGUAGUGAGAUGAGAUGCCAUGUCUGUUAUGGUGUGUUAUGUAUCCUAGUUGUUGUAGCUUGAUAUCUUUAGGAAACCCACACAGCAGCACAAAGGGCUCAGUUGAGUCGACAGACACAUUGAGAAGGUGUUUGUAUAUUCAUACAGAUGCAUGCUUUGCUUUCCUCCCUGCUCUGCUCUCCUCUGCUUUCUUCAACUUGAGCAGGCGCAUAACAAGCUGUCAUGUGUCUGAAAAGCCUGUAUAGGUGUUGAAUUUUAAAGCUUUUGAGAGGAACAUUGUGCACAUCCUUUAAUCUUCCCUGUGUGUAUUUUUCCUUAUUUUUCUUUAGCGGCACACUAAUUGUGUUUCAAGCGGCAUUUGACACCUAUUGAUUCAAAUGUGUGAUGGCUGGUGAAUGCACACCCAGCCUACCCUCUGUAUUGGCAGCUGCACUAAUCCUCCUGCGUUUUUCUUUGAAGAACCCUCUGCCUCUUUCUCUCUUUCGCUAGUGUCAUUGUUUUGAGGACUUUUCCCCCCCUCUUUAACUAAGCAGGUUUUCGUUUUUCUGGCAGGCCCCUCAGAAGACGUGGGUUUAUGUGGGAGAACAACUUGGAUGUCCAUCUGUGGUAUACUGAUUAGGCCUAUACAAUUGCCGUUAACAGUAAUGCUAGACAACUUAAUUUACGUUCCACCAAGUGUGCGCUUAUCUGAGUGUGUUUUCCUUAGCCUUAGUAAAUCAAUCAUUUUCUCUUCGAGAGAGAGAGAGAGAGAGAGAGAGAGGAGCACACUAUGAAGACUAUUAGUUAUCUUAUUCUGGUCAAUUCAACGUCUAUUCAAUGUUUGUUCAACGUAAUUUCAUUUCACUGUGCAGCACACAACUGUUCUUUAUGCGUCGUGACAUAAUUGAGACUGUUCUAAUGUCCUGUUCAUUGUUGUAUUUUUCUCUGUUUUCUUUCUUGAGCACAUUGUUAAAGGUAGCCUAAAUGCACUUGCCUGGCUAUAAAUCCACAUCGCUCUGGCCAAACACCACGGCCACUUACGUUUCUUCUGCACGAUGAGUCUGGAUUUGAUCUCCUCCCCAGCGACUUCUUGAAUGUGAACACAUUCAAACCGUUCUGAUUGGUCCCAGAAACCAAUGGGUAAAGCAGCGUUUUGGAAAUAGUAAUUGGGUUUUAUACUCUGAUUGGUUAGAAACCAUCCAUUCGCUGAUGACUUUGUACAACGCCCCUCACUAUGACGUCAGCAGAAACAACUUCUACGAUGACAGUCUCAGACUGACUGUAUGUAGCGAUAAGUAGAGCAGCGGAAUUAAAUUCAGUAUGUCGUCAGGCAAUAAAUGCACCACUCUAAAGACAUUAAGCAUGUUAUUUUUAUUUUCCCUUACUAUGGACAAGUUAGGUUUUGGUGGAAUCUCAUUUAUGACAUAGAACAGCACCCAACAUAGUAUUGAUUGGUUUUGUUAUAUUGCCUGUGGGAUCUUAAUUUGAUCAGACAAGCAUGAGAACUUGUCUGCAGUGGAGGAAAUGUAAAAUGUGUAGUGUAUUUGAGGUUUAAAAAGGCUUCUGAAGUUUGUAAUUUCCACUUUGAAAUUUCAGAUUGGAUUUUCCCUUAGGAAAAAUGUAUCAUUAUUUUCCUGUUGUAGCAAACUCUCAAAUUAAAAUCCUACAUCUGUAAGUCUGUUUGUUAAAUCCAAGUGUUAUUUGGGGUUAUAUCCAAGGGACAUUCAGAGUAACAGACUGCCUUGACGUCUGAACACUUGUCUGCAAAUGACUAGCUGAACAGAUAGUGGGAACUAGUGCAUGUAAUUGGGAAUAUUCAUUGUAUUUUGUCAGAGCGCCUUGAUCCUCAUACAAUGUGUGUGCGUGCUACUGUGUAGGCUAACAGGGAGUGGCAGUCUGUCUGUGUCGUUACUCAACAUCGAGGUCGGACUGGGGGGCUGAAAUGUGUUUUUGAAUGUAAUGAGAUACCAUUACAGGAUUAUAAGACACUUAUAAUAAGAAUUAUCACUUGUAGACAGAGCAAUUCACAUGCCCAUGGAUUCAUCUGGCUGUGUUAGGCCUGUGGUGUGUAGAUAUGCGCGGACGUGUCAUGUGUGUGAUUACGGGGCCACCUAACGUGUGGUCCCUCUGUCAUGCGUAACGCUUAUUAUUUGUGGUGGAUGGAGCUGGCUGGCUGGCGGCUCCGAGAGAGCGUUGUUUAAUGAACUGUAUGUCGAGCACAGGCGCAGGAGGUUGGACAAUUUGUCCGAAUUUAAUCACGCCAAAAUGUACAGGCAUCUUAAUUUUAUCCGAAUUGAUAACGUACAAAUGGCUCCCUCUCUCUCUCUCUCUCUCUCUCUCUCUUACUCUCUGGCUCUCUCACAGAGCUCCUGGGAAAUCUCCUUUGUCUUCUUACUCUUUAAUUCCGAAUCGGAAGGCCUUUGUCCCUAACUAAUCAAAGUUCUAUUGCUCUCUAUGAUUCGGGUUCUUUAUCCUGCAUUAUCAUGGCGCUGCUUUGUGCUAGCUUUUUCUGCCAUUGAUUUAGAACUUAGUCAUCUAAUUCAAUAGAGGUAUUCAUUAUUUGGUCAUCACAAGCUCUCAAUCACUUUAUGAUGACUAUUCAAAUUAUUUAGCAUUUUUCUAGUCAAGAGCGGUUCUCUCUUGUUAGCUUUGCUAAACCUCUGAAGUAGUUUGGUCUGUUUUAUAUUCACCACUCUGUUUUAUAAGUGGUGUAAAUCCCACUCCAAACCACCACAGAAAUUAUGGCAAGUCCAGUUUGAUUUAAUUCAACACUCUAAAGGCCUUCAAACAUAAAUGACAUGACAAACAGUUAAUUGCCCCCUUUACCAUCCUUACCGAUUUCAUUGUCAAGUGAAGCUCAGUAGCUCACCCAUGUCAAGCAGCUGAGAGGCGUAGUGCCUGAAACUUGGGGAUGGGUUUUUGGCUUGAACGAGGGAAAAGGCACAUUGUUUUACAUUUAUACACUCACUGAAUGGAAAUUCUGAAAUGCUGCUGAAUGCCAGUCUGUCCGUUUCCACACCCCAACAGAAACAGAAUAUCUCCCAACAAGAUGCUGUGCUGAGAGGUAAUCGAAUUGGGUGGUGAUGCAAAUCGUGUCUGGUUGAGCUUGCAGAUGCCUCAGCCGAACCCUAAUGCUAUUUUAUACUUCUGCCACGGCAGCAUUAGCUGUACUUUCUGACAGCAGCAAUACCAUUGUCUUUCUACAUGUCUAUCAAGAGGUUAAUUUAUGACAAUGUUACCCCUCAUUCAGAAGCUCUGAACCUUUGAGUGUGUUCAAUCUAUUGAUCAGUGUCGGUCUCAGCCACAUGCCACUCUGUCGAUAGUGAAUCAAAACAAUUUAAUUAAGCCUUUGAUUUGAAUAUACUGCCACUGAUUAGAACCACACAAUAGAUUGUUUGUUUGAUGGAGGAUGUUUUUGAUUCACAAUGAUUUUGGAAUCCCUUUAUAAACCUAUUAAAGGGCUCUUUAAAGUCUAAUUAGGUGUCAAAGCCAGUGGGUUGGCGGCCCCGGCUGGCACUGCCAGCGUUGUCGUCUUGCCAUGGUAGAAGAUGGGGAAAGAGGAGACCAGAAAGCAGGCAACUAUUUUAACACUGUCAACAGUUCUGACUUAGGGUGGGAGGCGUGAGAGAGACAGCCAUCGCUGCUGGUGUCAAAUGUUCUGUUUUUGUCCCCAACCCCUGGGACAAUGACCUAUAUCAUUCCUGGGUAAGACAGUAGAGUACAGUACACACACACACACACCAAACCACUACACAGAAAGCUUUAUUUGAUUUUUUUGUGUCUCAUUUUAGCUGACUGUACAGUGAGACUGAGGCUAGCCAGCCAGCCUGGUCCUGCUGUGAGUAACAACCCGGUGACAGCCCCCUUUCUGUUGCGGGGGAGUGAUAAUUAAAACAUCUUAAGAGCCUCCAUGAACAUGCCCACAGUGGAGACCUACCAACUCACUCUAUCAUUGGGUUUUUCUCUCUGACACAGAGUUUUUUUUUAUAACAAAGGCAUUCUGACAGAAAUGAUCAAGAGGGUAAAAUGAAUGGCUUUGAAGCCCUCGGUUUCAGAUCAAAAGCCCCCGCUAAUGCCCUAUUACAGGUUGCACUCAGGCACUUUAAUGGUCAGCCCCCUCGUGACCCAGCCAUGUAGCCAACAGAAAUAUGUUCCCUCUUUCUGACUAGCUCCAUCUCUAGCCCUUGACCCUGCCUUCCUCGCCAGGGUUCAAAAUGAUUGGCUGAUGAUGGCAAGGUUGAUGGCUGCCCUUCUUCUUUCAAUGUUUUCUUUAUUCUCUGAUUUUCAUCCGAAUGGAAAUGUGAGAGCCCCAUGUUCUGAGUGCAUGAUGAAGUUAGAGUACUGGUACAUUAAAGUAAGGUCUUAUACAGGUAUAUGACAUGUUUGACCUGCUUUUACCAUGUUACUCGAACUGAGUGGAGUCAGUACUGGCCCUUCUACUGUACCAGAGUGGUUUUCAAUAGGUGAUUUCAGUUAUUUCGGUACAGUGUUAAGAGUAAAAGCAUUUCAUUUCCUUACGUGUUUUUGAAAAUGUGAUGUCACUGGUGCAGUGUGUCUGUGUGUAUGAUAGAUACAGUUGGCUCUAUUUUUGUUUGUGUGAGUGUGUCUUUUUGUUUUGAAAUGUUUUCUGAGUGAAAUAAUAUCAUCAUAUUAUGUUGACAGUUAAUCUAAACAAGUUCAUAUCACAUUAAUUAUUUUUGGCAAAAUAGUAUUUAUAUUGUAUAAAAUGGCACAGUAUUUCUUGCAUUGUUCCCACCCUUCUAUUCCAGGGCUGGCCUGUGUCAAAUUAUCAGAAGUACUGUAAUGGCACUUCAACAGUACUGUAGCCCAUUUGAAAUGGAUGCAGAAAGCUGUGUAACAUUGGCCAAAUGUGUUUUCCCCCACUGUGUGGUCAGUGGGAAAUGGCCUCUGUUAUACACAAUGCUACAGUAAGGUGCAAUGAAUGUCGACAUGGAAAGUGGCUUAUUAUUCACAAUCAGAUUUUGAAAAGGCAUCUUAGGAUCUGCCCCUCUGGCAUCUAACCUCACAUAAAUAGCUUUUCACUGCCCUCCCUUCCUCCCUCCCUCCCUCAUGGAAGGUGGACGGUAGAGAUUGGACAUAGUGAGCAAUGUAGCAAUCAGACGUAAUCGUCUGAUGUGGUUUCAGCAGGCUUCCCGUUGUGACGACCACGAAGAUCCAUCUGCUAGCCCCGGCCCGCUAGCACGCGCAAUCAACAGCGUGCCUCCUGCUUGCCUGUGCUUUAGCAGCCUACGAACUGCUCCCGGACUUACUUAUUGCUGUUCACUGGACCUUAUGAUCACUCAGCUACACAGCUAAUGCCUGCUGGACUGUUCCUUUACACGGUACCCCAUCCUGUUUAUCUGUUUAGCCUCAGCCCAAACUUUUGUCGCCAUUACCAGUUGUUGUCUUAGCCCUCUCGAAUAACACCUGUGAUUGCGUUAUGGCUCUCUCCCAUGUCAAUAUGCCUAGCCUAUUGCUAUUUGGGUUAGUUCUUAUUAUACAAUUUCACUGUAGAACCCCCAGUCCCGCUCAACCAGCCUCAGAGAGCUCCUUUGUCCCACCCCACAUACACGCGGAGACCGGCUCAAUCGGUACCUCCAGUGAUGCUAUCUCUUUCAUAGUUACCCAAUGCUUCUGUCACGAUCGUUACAGGAUGAUGAAGCGGACCAAGGCGCAGCGUGAUAGGCGUACAUACUUUUAUUAGUGUACACACAACGACCCAAAACAAUAAACGAUACGUGAAGACCUAGGUUAAAUACACAAACCUUCCGGAACAAGAUCCCACAAUAAACUAGUGCCAAAAGGCUGCCUAAGUACGGGUCCCAAUCAGAGACAACGAGAAUCAGCUGCCUCUGAUUGGGAACCACCCUGGCCAACAUAGAAAACACGAACUAGAACACAACAUAGAAAAUAACACAUAGAAACUCCACACCCUGGCUCAACAUAUAAGAGUCCCCAGAGCCAGGGCGUGACAGCUUAGGUGUACCUCCACUGUACUCAUAUCCUUCCAUAUCCUUGUCUUUACAUAAUGCCCUGAAUCUAUUCUACAACGCCCGGAAAUCUGCCCCUUUUAUUCUCUGUACCCAACGCACUAAAAGACCAGUUCUUAAAGCCUUUAGCCGUAUCCUUAUUCCAUUCCUCCUCUGUUCCUCUGGUGAUGUAGAUGUUAACCCAAGCCCUGUAGCCCCCAGUAUCACUCCUACCCCCCAGGUGCUAUCAUUUGUUGACUUCUGUAACCGUAAAAGCCUUGGUUUCUUGCAUGUUAACAUCAGAAGCCUCCUCCCCAAGUUUGAGUUAUUCACCGCGUUAGCACACUCUGCUAACCCUGAUGUUCUAGCAGUGUCUGAAUAUUGGCUUAGGAAGGCCACCAAAAAUGCAGAAAUUUCCAUCCCGAACUACAACAUUUUCCGUCUAGAUAGAACUGCCAAAGGGGGCGGAGAUGCAACCUACUGUAGAGAUGUACCAGAGCCUGCAGAGCUCUAUCAUACUAUCCAGGUCUGUGCCCAAACAGUUUGAGCUUCUACUUCUAAAAAUCCACCUUUCCAGAAAUAAGUCUCUCACUGUUGCCGCUUGCUACAGACCCCCCUCAGCCUCCAGUUGUGCCCUGGACACCAUAUGUGAAUUGCUUGCCCCCCAUCUAUCCUCAGAGUUUGUACUGUUUGGUGAUCUAACUGGGAUAUGCUUAACACCCCGGCCGUCCUACAAUCUAAACUAGAUGCCCUCAAUCUCACACAAAUUAUCAAGGAACCUACCAGGUACAACCCUAAAUCCGUAAACAUGGGCACCCUCAUAGAUAUCAUCCUGACUAAUUUACCCUCUAAAUACACCUCCGCUGUCUUCAACCAGGAUCUCAGAGAUCACUGCCUCAUUGCCUGCGUCCGUAAUGGGUCACUGUCAAACGCUCCCUAAAACACUUCAGCGACAUUGACCUCAUUCCGUCAGUAGAGGAUGCCUGGAUGUUCUUCAAAAGUGCUUUUGAAUAAAUAAGCAUGCCCCAUUCAAAAAAUGCAGAACUAAGAACAGAUAUAGCCCCUGGUUCACCCCAGACUUGACUGCCCUUGACCAGCACAAAAACAUCCUGUGGCGUACUGCAUUAGCAUCGAACAGCCCCCGCGAUAUGCAACUGUUCAGGGAAGUCAGGAACCAAUAUACACAAUCAGUUAGGAAAGCAAAGGCUAGCUUUUUCAAACAGAAAUGUGCAUCCUGUAGCCCUAACUCCAAAAAGAUUUGGGAUACUGUAAAGUCCAUGGAGAAAAAUAGCGCCUCCUCCCAGCUACCCACUGCACUGGGGCUAGGAAACACUGUCACCACUGAUAAAUCUACGAUAAUCAAGAAUUUCAAUAAGUAUUUUGCUACGGCUGGCCAUGCUUUCCACCUGGCUACCCCUACCCCGGCCACCAGCUCUGCACCCUCUGCUGCAACUUGCCCAUCCUGUAGCCCUAACUCCAAAAAGAUUUGGGAUACUGUAAAGUCCAUGGAGAAAAAUAGCGCCUCCUCCCAGCUACCCACUGCACUGAGGCUAGGAAACACUGUCACCACUGAUAAAUCUACGAUAAUCAAGAAUUUCAAUAAGUAUUUUGCUACGGCUGGCCAUGCUUUCCACCUGGCUACCCCUACCCCGGCCACCAGCUCUGCACCCCCCCCGCUUCUCCUUCACACAAAUUUAGAUAGCUGAUGUCCUGAAAGCGCUGCUAAAUCUGGACCCCUACAAAUCAGCUGGGCUAGACAAUCUGGACCCUUUCUUUCGAAAAUUUGAAAGCCAAGUUAACAAACAGAUCACUGACCAUUUCGAAUCCCACUGUACCUUCUACGCUAUGCAAUCUGGUUUCCGAGCUUGUCGUGGGUGCACCUCAGCCACGCUCAAGGUCCUAAACGAUAUAAUAACCGCGAUCGAUAAAGGACAGUACUGUGCAGCCGUCUUCAUCGACCUGGCCAAGGCUUUUGACUCUGUCAAUCACCGCAUUCUUAUUGGCAGACUAAAUAGCCUUGGUUUCUCAAAUGACUGCCUCGCCUGGUUCACCAACUACUUCUCAGAUAGAGUUCAAUGUGUCAAAUUGUAGGGCCUGUUGUCUGGACCUCUGGCAGUCUCUAUGGGGGUGCCACAGGGUUCAAUUCUCGGGCCGACUCUAUUCUCUGUGUAUAUCAAUGAUGUCGCUCUUGCUGCUGGUGACUCUCAGAUCCACCUCUACGCAGACGACACCAUUUUGUUUACAUCUGGCCCUUCACUGGACACUGUGUUAACAAACCUCCAAACGAGCUUCAAUGCCAUACAACACUCCUUCCGUGGCCUCCAACUGCUCUUAAACGCUACUAAAACUAAAUGCAUGCUCUUCAAUCGAACGCUGCUUGCACCCACCCACCCGACUAGAAUCACUACUCUCGGUAGGUCUGACUUAGAAUAUGUGGACAACUACAAAUACCUAGGUGUCUGGUUAGACCAUAAACUCUCCUUCCAGACUCACAUUAAGCAUCUCCAAUCCAAAGUUAAAUCUAGAAUUGGCUCCCUAUUUCGCAACAAAGCCUCCUUCACUCAUGCUGCUAAACAUGCCCUCGUAAAACUGACUAUCCUACCGAUCCUUGACUUCGGCGAUGUCAUUUACAAAAUAGCUUCCAACACUCUACUCAGCAAAUUGGAUGUAGUCUAUCACAGUGCCAUCCGUUUUGUCACCAAAGUCCCAUAUACUACCCACCAUUGUGACCUGUAUGCUCUCGUUGGCUAGCCCUCACUACAUAUUCGUUGCCAAACCCACUGGCUCCAGGUCAUCUAUAAAUCACUUCUAGGCAAAUCCCCGCCUUAUCUUAGAUAAUUGGUCACCAUAGCAACACCCACCCGUAGUAUGCGUUCCAGCAGGUAUAUCUCACUGGUCAUCCCCAAAGCCAACACCUCCUUUGGCCGCCAUUCCUUCCAGUUCUCUGCUGCAAAUGACUGGAACGAACUGCAAAGAUCUCUGAAGCUGGAGACACUUAUCUCCCUCACUAACUUUAAGCAUCAGUUGUCAGAGCAGCUUACCGAUCACUGCACCUGUACACAGCCCAUCUGUAAUUAGUCCCCCCAACUACCUCAUCCCCAUAUUGUUAUUUACAUUGUUAUUUAUUUUGCUCAUUUGCACCCCAGUAUCUCUAUUUGCACAUCAUCUUCUGCACAUAUAUCACUCCAGUGUUAAUACUAAAUUGUAAUUAUUUUGCACUAUGGCCUAUUUAUUGCCUUACCUCCAUAACUUACUACUUUUGCACAAACUGUAUAUAGAUUUUCUAUUGUGUUAUUGACUGUACGUUUUGUUUAUUCCAUAUGUAACUCUGUGUUGUUGUUUUUAUCGCACUGUUUUGCUUUAUCUUGGCCAGGUCGCAGUUGUAAAUGAGAACUUGUUCUCAACUGGCUUACCUGGUUAAAUAAAAGUGGGGGGAAAAAAAAUAAAAAUUCAGCAGUUUAAAAUUGACCAAGGGAAGAGCACAAUUAAAAUUGAAUGACCUUUAUGAGAGGGGGAGGGUGAGGUUAAAGGACGUCUGUUAUAGACACAAAGUUCAACUGUUUUAUUUCAAAAAACGUUGGUUUAACGUUGUCCGGAGGAGUCUGGGCAUUGCCAGCCCAGCCAACUACAGUCAGAUCCCAACGGGAGGAGGAGAGGUUACAACGGUUUUAUAUGGACACACACACUGACCCCUCCGUUAGCCCCAUCAAGGUUUUACAGUUAAAACGAAAAUGUUAAUUCUUCAAAGAAAUAGGUUUUCAUUAUCUCCCUUUGAUCUCAGAGAAAGUGAAGAAGGUGUGAAAUAUGCUCGAGGUUAUGUGCUGCUGCUGGUGAUCUCCUUCAAAGAAGUGGGUAUUUUUCCUUCAACACAUGAUAUGACCGUUUCACGUGGUCAGAAGAAACUCAGGACACUACUAAGCAGAGUGAAAGACAGUGUUAAGAAGUGUUAGCUCCCUAGCAGUUCAAAUGAAUAUCAUAUUAUCAUGUUGAUCUGAUACUCUCUAUUCACCUGUAUGUAUUAGCAUGGAGUUAGCUUGUAGCUAGCUAUGCUAAAGUCUUCAUAAAGAGCUGUAGAGAGCUAUUUGACACCCUGUUAAUCAGUUUAAUACCCUCCUAAAGCCUGAGACGCUAUAUCAAGUGGCUGUCCUGAUCGCUCUGCUCGCAGAACCCAAAUCCCAGUAGCUAUGUUGCUGAUAAGUAAAGAAGGAUGUAGCUUAGCCGUUAUCAGCUCUUGGCUCCAAUGACACAGUAAUCCAGCUAGACGCUAGGCUAGGCUCCUGUGACACCAAAAACACACUAGAAUCAUCUCAUUUACCCAACAAAGACUAUUGAACAUCUGAAUAUGUGGUAUCUCUUUUCACACUAACCCGUUUAGACCUUUCAGAACAUUCUUCCUCUAACAGCAGCUAAGAGGCAGCAUUUCAUUCAGUUACUAAAAGCUCUUCAAAAGCUCUUCAGCCUUCAUAAUAAGAGGUCCUCAUAUGAUGAUAAACCUAACAAGGAGAUGACUAAGGCUAAUUUCUACAUUCUAGCGAUAGAACACAGCAAUUAGCACACAACAGCUAACAUCCUUCUGAUACCGUACAGAAAAACACCCCAAGUCAAUGAGAAUGAAAUGAGAAUGAAAGGCCCUUAUUUGAUGAUGAUAACCCAAUGGAGAUAGCUAAGGCUAAUUUUCCAGGUUCGACCAAACAACACAGGGCCUUUGUACCUUAAUGGGCCAGAUCCAGAGAAGCUAGCUGCAUCUCCCUCUCUGUGAAGGAAAUGGAGGUGACUGUUGGGCACUGGCGGGGAGUCGAUCUGCUUACCUUGUUAUUGUCCUCCCAAUACAAUGACUGUCAGACAAGCCCGCUGGCCCCCGGGAGAGCAAAUGGUCAUGUGCUGACGUGAGAGAAAUGCUAAGUGUAAAGAGAAAGGAGAACAGGAGAGAAUCUCAUUUAUGGAACAAGACUGUUUUAUUCCCUCAGGGCAAGGGGUCCGUUUAGCAUAUCCAGAGAACCCAUAGGUCAGUCUAUCUGAGAUUGAAAGGGACCUGCAUAGGAUAUUGCUGCUAGCUGCUAUGAUGAUGCUGCUUGUGCUGGUUGUGUCUCUGUGUGUGUUUGUGCCAGUGUGGGCGUGCAUGGUAAAGAAAGGUGGUAUCAAUGCAAUUUGGUAGUGUGUUUUCAUCCUUUAAUUGAAGCCUCAGUUUCAGGAGGGGGCAACGUCUUCUGCAAUAACACAUAAUUGUCGUGGGAGUUGGUCACCAUAAGUAAGGCUGCUGCCUAUAGCGUAGCCUGUGUGACUUUGAUAGCCUUUUCCUUCUUCACAAGUUUAUUUUGCAGAAAUUAGUGGGGCAAGUCGACAUUUCUCCAUGUUUCUUUCAUGCAAAUCCUGUACAUAUUUUAGGCAGAGCCUUAAACACAUGGCUCUCUGUGGUGUUUGAAGUGCUUUGCAUUAGUAAAACCCCUUCAAGCAAGGCCCGGUCUGGCAAAGCCCAGCCUUGUCAUUCCAACAUCCAGACAUCAACUGUAAACUGUUUACUUUCCCUCAAGAGUUCCCUUAUACUCAGCGCAAGGACAUUGCUGCUAGAGCCUAAUCUCUGCAGAAUGAAUGGGUUUUAGAUUCUUAAGAUGGAAAAAAAGGUUUGACAAAAGAAGCUAUAGGCUAACCAGCUAAAAUGCCUUAUUAACCUUGAGGGUUUAGAACAUUUACUCAGAGUAAAAGCUUAAACACCACCUACAGGGGAAUGAUGUACACAGGCAUGCAUAUGUAUGGGUAGUAUCAAGUUAUGAUACUUUAAAAGCAUCAGUAUGGUGUUCCUUUCACUUUUUAUAUAAUAAUUUGACAAUUAUAGGACAUAAUAUUGUGAAGGGUGCAAUAGCAGAAAGUCCUAAUUUCAUUUCAGAAAAUAGAUGUUUUGUGAUCUCAAACUAGAUCUCAAAUUGCCAUUUAUUCAUUUAGACACCAUUUCAUUUUUCUAUAGAGUGGCUUUCUUAGCACUUUAAUUGAGGCACCGGCGUGUGACCUGGCUGAGUUUCAGCUUAGCCACCAUCUUGUAAACAACGUCCUCUUGCAUGGAUGUUCCACUGAGCACAGCUCAUUUGGAGCCUAUGUGAUAUAUUGCAUUGUCUCAUCUCCAAUGCAGCCAGCUAGGCCCAGAGUUAGAGCAUGAACUAGAUUUGGUGAUCUGUGUUCGUGAAAAUGCAUUUUUAUCAGUGGCGUCCUGGCAUUUGCCCGCUUGGAUUGCCUUUGGAGCAUUCGCCGGGGUCUGCAUUUCUGCCAGGCGACUGAUGAAACACCUAUGCUGAGUAUUUUAUGCCUGUCAGUGACAUCACCAGCUGGAGGACAAACUAAAUGACGUGGUGCUCAGUCUUGCCACAUUUACAGCACAUUACAGGGACCGGCUUUUUACUAACUUAGUGCCACUAUACUGGAUUGGCAGACAGGCAUAAAAAGAUAUAAACUAUGGAACAUUUUAUGUACUGUCUCGACGUUAGGCUACCACAGACGACCUCGUUAUAUGUUCCCACUGUGAGGUAGGCUGCAUGAGAAUUAGAUAUUUUAAGUCUUAAAAAAACGGCUGUCCCGUGUGACAGUUCUCUGGGACGCUGCAAAUUAAGCAAAUGAUGUAUCUCUCUCUCGCUCUCUCGCUCUCUCUCUCUCUCUCUCUCUCUCUCUCUCUCUCUCUCUCUCUCUCUCUCUCUCUCUCUCUCUCUCUCUCUCUCUCUCUCUCUCUCUCUCUCUCUCUCUCUCUCUCUGUCUCCUCUCUCUGUCUCCUCUCUGUAUUUGUGCCAGUCUGUUAGCAGCACCACGUGAUGGAGACAGACAAAAGAGUGGCACUUUGAGGAGGUUAGCUGUUUUUUUUUUGUGUGUUGCUAGUCAGCUGCGGGGGUUUCUAUAAGCCUGUGAAUGGGCUCGUUGAGUCGGAGGUAAUUUUGGGCCCCGGCGUGGGGCAUUAGUUGGACUGGCCUUUCUGCUGACUGGCCUGUUUUCUUCCCCCCCAGCAGCAGCAGUAUAUACCCCUCUCUCUGCUGCAUCGGCGUUUCUGUCCAAACCAAAGACCUUUAUCUCCCUGGCCCUGUGGCCAUGACGACAUGUCUAAUAGGGCGUGGUGGUGGUGGUGUUGUCAGCGAGGAUCUCUUUAAGUUUCGUUAUACCUCGGGGAGCCGAUAAAUCUAGAUAUAGAUAAACUGGAACAUCCAGGGUUAGUAAAUGCUGCUCCUGUCUCCUAUAGGCUAUGGGAGCUUCGGGCUGAUAAAUGAAUAGACUCAUGCUGGACAUCCCCAUUCAUUAUUAUUGGAAUUUGUGCUGCCUGCUGGGAAUUUGCACAGCGAUUGCCAUGGCGCCUGGUUGCUGAAGGGCCUCCCAGAGGUGUUCACAUGGCCAAAUCUCAGACUGAGCUAGAGAACUAGAGCUCAGCAUCCCAACAACAGGCCUCAGUGCCACAAAGGCUCACAGGGAAACUACUGCAGUCAAAUACAGGCUAACCCAGGGUUUCCCAAACUCGGUCCUCGGGGCCCCAAGGGUCCCAACAUUUUGGUUUUUGCCCUAGCACUACACAGCUUAUUAAAAUAAUCAACUAAUCAUCAAGCUUUAGGGCAAAAACCAAAACGUGCACCCUUUGGGGUCCCCAGGACCGAGUUUGGGAAACACUGGGCUAACCCAUGGUAUUACACACACCCAGACACACACACACUGUACAUCCUCACACACACAGGGUGCAACAUUGCAGCCUUGUUUGUAAUUAAAUUGGGAGCGUCCGACCAGGCUCAGCUCAGCAGCUAGCCAGGACCAGCCCCAUAAAUGAUCAUUAAGAUGAAGCAAUAUUAACACUAAUCAUGUUCUUAUCAUCUCUUUGAUCCUAUAGACCACAACAAACAGAGCGUUUCAGCGAGCCAAUCAAUAUAUCUCAUUAGCAAUAGAGCGUGUGAAUUAGAUUGUCUCACCUCUCCCUUUAAUGAUACAGUAUGUUAUGUCUCUCAAGUCUCAUCCACUCAGCAGACCUUCGAGAAGCUGUCAUUGUGAGCUGAGCCAUUCUGACACUUCUCUCUGUAUUCUGCCUAUGUGUCUGAGCAUCAGCCGGACUACUGCUGUUGAGUUGAUUGCCUGAAGGCUUUGAAAUUACAGACGGAUGGCUGGAAGGAAACACCUUCAGCUAACCAAGGUCACUUAGCGCUCUGAAGUCUGCUUUUCCAGGUUCAAAGAUUUUUUAAAAACUAAUUGGAUGAGGAUGCUUGAACAAAAGCUCUGUGCAGUGUGCAGAUGGUCAAUAUAUAGGCCUGUGGUGCGUUUGGUUCCAGUAUAGAUUCUCCUCCCGUUGUAUCUUGUAUAUCUUCAUUACAUAGAGUGUUUACUCUUUGCUUUUUCCCCCCACAAUGCUGAGCCACUCUCUGAGACACCUAUGUGUGCUUUUCAUCAAUAUUUAGAUGAAUGGCAAUUCCUCAGGAGCAGCAGACCAGUGUACCGUGCUGUGGCUUUGUUGGCAGAUGCGAUGCUUUAUCUGUCUAGCACAAUGUAAUGGGUUGCAUCCAGGGUCCUUUCAAAUGUUUCUCCCAACAGGACUAGGUGCUUGUACAGUAUUUAUUAAUUUUAACCCUCUUUUUUUUUUUCUCUUCUCUCGGCUUAUCUCUAGGUCUCUCUCUCCUCACCUCUGUUUUCAGGUUUUUGAAAAAGAUGUGAACAUUAUGUCCUUAAAAAAAAAAGCCUGUAUUUCUGUCCGCUUUUGGCGAGGACAUGGUGGUUAAUUCGGUAAGGUACACUCCACUGGAUACCUUUGUGUCCACUGUGAAAAUCAUCAGUCUGACUAAGCGAAUGUUUUUUUCCCCUCUCUUUAUGCUUUGCCCAAUUUUCAGAAUUUCACAAUACUUUGCCAUUGGGAAAAUUGCUCUAUCUCCUGCUGUGGUGGUUUAGCCAUUGUGCUUUAUGUUCUGGAAUAGAAAGGAACUGGUACAUUUUGUGUAUUAUGUUGAGAGCCGGAAGCAAGCGAAAACAAAAGGCUUUAGUUCAACUAGCAAGACAGUGUUAAUUCUCUAUGUCACAAAAAGGUUAUUAGUAGGUAGUGAAUUGUAUUUCAGUGUGUGUGUGUACUGUAUGUGUGUGUGUUUGUGCGAGUGUGCAAAAUAAAAAUAGUAGCACCUAGCUUUUUACACCAACAUCCUUGCACAGCACCCAGUCAAUAGGGCCUGGGGUUAAACCUUAGUUCCUGUUCAGAGCCAGGGCUCAGCCUCCCUCCCUCCACAUGUGACGCGUUACCUCACACUGCUGUGCCUCCAACGUAAAGACCCUCUGAAGUCACAGCUCUCUAUAGCUCUCUCUGUCAUCAAGGUAACACAAGAAUGGGAGAUUAGAUGCCCUUCUUCAAGGCUUUUGUAAAGUCAUUCCACAUCUGGUUUAAUAAUUCAAAAUGGCAUCGGCACAGCCUCCAUAGAAGUGAUAUCUUUACGUCUUAUCUCUUUAGCUUGAAGGAGUUUCAGAAUUAUCUGUAGGCUGUGUUCUGUUCUCUAUCACCGCUACAGAAAACAGAGCUGUCAGGAGGCACUGAAUAGGUACUGGAAUAUUGAAGUGUGUGUGUAUGUGUAUGUGUGUGUGCGUGUGCAUAGAUUUUUGUGUACAUGAGUCUGUGUGUGUGUGUGCAGGUGGGGUGUUUGAGAUGCACUGUCACUCACCUGUAACAUGAACCGAUGUCAGACCACUGCCACUGAAGCGCUCUGGGACUGUGUACUAGAGCUCCCCGGAGCCAUGUAUGUGUGUGUCACUGCAGCUGUGUGUGUGUGUGUGUGUGUGUGUGUGUACGUGUAUGUGUGUAUGUGUACUCACUUAUGAAAUAAACAUCACACACUUCUCACUCCCUGAGAGUUGGGAUCGCUAGCCGACCACGGCGAAGCAUCCGCUUUUGUCAUUGGGGAAAAAGCUACCGUGCAACGACUUGAGCUAAAAGCAAUAAGGAAAAAGUCUAGAACCCAUUUAAAUAAUUAUUAUCUUAUUUAUUGAAGCUGAUGCUUCUAUUUACCCAGACACAACAGUUCAUUUAGCCAAAGUCUAAUUGGCACAACAGUUUUAAAAUGCAAAAUGUUUUGGUAUUUUAGCUUUCUUUCUUUUUCCUCUUCUUAUUUCUUCUUCUUUUUUGGGAAUAUUAAAACAUACAAUCUAUUUGCGGUGAAGCCUCUCAACAUUUACAUUACAUUCAGUCAUCUAACAGACUCACAUUCAGCAAGUGCCCUUCAGGGGUGCACAUCUCCCCUUUUGCUUUCUUUACUUUUCUCUUUUCUCUCUCUCUUUCUCCUUCCCUCUCUCUACCACACCUGUUUUGAACAAUACCUUUAGGGCGCAGCUUGACAUAAAUUAUGCAUGAGUUUUAGGAGGAAUUGGAGAACCUUUGUGGACUAUACCACACAGUCUGUGAGUGGUGUGGGAGAAGUCUGGAUGUCCGUCUGUCUGUGUGAGUGUCUAUUUGCUGUCUUUCUGUCUCUCUCUCCCUGGUUGCCUCAGCUUCAAUCUCAUGUUCUGUUUCCCCUCUCCCUCUCUUACAGUGAAGUUUGUGAACUGCGGCCAAGGUGGGCUGGUGCGGUUCGAGUGCAGUAACCCGUCCAACUUCCGGAUAGAUGCUGACGGGGUCGUCUACGCCCUCAGGCCUUUGACCUUGUCCACCCUCCGGGCAGUGCCCCUAGUGAUCGUAGCCAGGGACGAGACCAAUCAGCAGCAAUGGCAGACCCAAGUGAGACUGACGCCCCCUGUAGGCCAGAUUCAGCAGGUACGUCCAACACCUCCACAUGCAUCCUCCCUCCUACCCCCUCUCUCUCUAAUAUUUAUUGUUUAUUUGUGACUUCCGGUAGCAUUGUGGAAUGUGGAAUGUUUCAAUUCGGAUACCGCCGUUGCAUCCAAUUCCGCUCAUUAGCCACGCUGGAGCAUAAACAGAUGAUUUGUUCCCUAAAUUGUAGCAGAUGUUCCGGGAGACUGAAUGGAUGCUCGCUAAUUAAAACGUAAUGUUUUGGUACAGUCCAUAUGUAGCUUGUUUUUGGUCGAAGGUUCAGGAAUAGCUGAAGAAUUGCAGCAUUUACCUGGAGUUAACUCUGCAAAUAGCACUGCUGGGUGAUCUGAAAGGUCAUAGUCAAUCGAUCAAUAAUAUAAUAAUGUUUAUCCUUCAUUUACAAUCUGUAGAAACAUCACAGCACAAUUGAAAAAUAUAUGGCAAAUAGAAAUAAAAACUGGAUGGUCUUAAGAGAUAGUUGGGAGGGGUUGAGUGUAGCUGAAGGAUGGAACUAAAAACUAAAGAUAACUUGAAGCCUAAGUGUUGUUGUCCAUUAGUUUACUUCAAUUAGGGGAGGGGACAGACCCCUUCCCUUUUUCCACAUUUUGUUAUGUUACAGCCUUAUUCUCAAAUGUAUUCAAUAAAAAAAUGUCCUCAUCAAUCUACACACAAUACCCCAUAAUGACAAAGCAAAAACAGGUUUUUAUAAAUUUUUGCAAAUGUAUUAAAAAUAAAAAAACUGAAAUACCCUAUUUACAUAAGUAUUCAGACCCUUUUUUAUGAGACUCGAAAUUGAGCUCAGGUGUAUCCUGUUUCCAUUGAUCAUCCUUGAGAUGUUUCUACAACUUAAUUGGAGUCCACCUGUGGUAAAUUCAAUUGAUUGAAUGUGAUUUGGAAAGGCACACACCUGUCUUUAUAAGGCCCCACAGUUGACAGUGCAUGCCAGGGCAAAAACCAAGACAUGAGGUCGAAGGAAUUGUCCAUCGAGCUCCGAGACAGGAUUGUGUCGAAGCACAGAUCUGGGGAAGGGUACCAAAAAAAUGUCUGCAGCAUUGAAGGUCACCAAGAACACAGUGACCUCUAUCAUUCUUAAAUGGAAGAAGUUUGGAAGCACCAAGACUCUUCCUAGAGCUGGCCGCCCGACCAAACUGAGCAAUCAAGGGAGAAGGGCCUUGGUCAGGGAGGUGACCAAGAACCCGAUGGUCACUCUGACAGAGCUCCAGAGUUCCUCUGUGGAGAUGGGAGAACAUUCCAGAAGGACAACCAUCUCUGCAGCACUCCACCAAUCAGGCCUUUAUGGUAGAGUGGCCAGACGGAAGCCACUCCUCAGUAAAAGGUACAUGACAGCCCGCUUGGAUUUUGCCAAAAGGCACCUAAAGGACUCUCAGACCAUGAGAAACAAGAUUCUCUGGUAUGAUGAAACCAAGAUUGAACUCUUUGGCCUGAAUGCCAAGCGUCAUGUCUGGAGGAAACCUGGCAUCAUCCCUACGGUGAAGCAUGUUGGUGGCAGCGUCAUGCUGUGGGGAUGUUUUUCAGCGGCAGGGACUGGGAGACUAGUCAGGAUCGAGGGAAAGAUGAACGGAGCGAAGUACAGACAGAUCCUUGAUGAAAUCUGCUCCAGAGCGCUCAGGACCUCAGACUGGGGCGAAGGUUCACCUUCCAACAGGACAACAACCCCACGCACACAGCCAAGACAACGCAGGAGUGGCUUUGGGACAAGUCUCUGAAUGUCCGGAAUGUCCGCUGUGCAGCGACGCUCCCCAUCCAAACUGACAAAGCUUGAGAGGAUCUCCAGAGAAGAAUGGGAAAAACUCCCCAAAUACAGGUGUCCAAGCUUGUAACGUCAUACCCAAGAAGACUCGAGGCUGUAAUCGCUGCCAAAGGUGCUUCAACAAAGUACUGAGUGUCUGAAUACUUAUGUAAAUGUGAUUCAAAGGACAGACAUCAUCUAUCUCUAGGCUUUAAAGAGCCGCCAUUCAGUCAGUGUUCCGCUGGGCUUGACAGACAUCGCUAACGCUUGACCAUGUGCUCAUUAGUCAACAUUGUGAUUGGCUGUAGAUGAGAGUGGCCGUGUGAUGUGGUGAUGUAAUCAAGUGUGUGACGGAGAGAGAGAGAACAGGGAGAUGAGGAGAAACGAGACUCAAACGGCUGUGUUUGUAUUUUUCACCUCAUACUCAGUACUCGAUUAUGUAUUCGGGGCGGCAGAUAGCUUAGUGGGUAAGAGCAUUGUGCCAGUAACCGAAAGGUCGCUGGUUCUAAUCCCCAAGCUGACUAGGUGAAAAAUCUGUCGAUGUGCCCUUAAGCAAGGCACUUAACCCUAAUUGCUCCUGUAAGUCGCUCUGGAUAAGAGUGUCUGCUAAAUGAUGUAAAUGUAAAUGUAAAUGUAUUCCUGUUCAAUUGAACUGCCAUAAUCUGUGACAGUCUUUAUUUCUCGUUAGCUGGAAUGGUGUUAAUUGGCAAGACAGCACAGACUCACAUUUAAGCUCUUUGGGAGGCUUUCUCUCUCUCUCUCUCUCUCUCUCUCUCUUGCUCUCUCUUUCAGCCCUCUCUCUCUUUCUCUCUCUCUCAACCCAAUUUGCACCGGUGUGAGUGAGCUGUUUUAGGUUGAAUUAUUGAAGUCAGCGUUGUCUGAUCUUACGUUGUGGACUUUCAUUGUUAAUGAAUGCCUCUAAGUACAGUACAAUGAGCCUCUUUGUUCAACAAAGACACCGUCUGAAAAUACAUUGUCUCUUCCUCCAGUCAUAUACAGGUCAAAUUAGCUACACAAGCAGCCCAUUUCAAAAGCACCUCUCCGAAACCACCACAUAAAAGGCGAGUGCCUUCUUUUAUAAGCCUCCAGAUUAAAACUGUUGAGAGUUAUGUCUAGUUAGUGUGAGUGCAGCAGCGGAGGUUUAAAAUUCUACAGGGGAUGAUUUAGCGAUGGUUUUGAAAACAGCAUCGUUAGCCACUGAUGCUCAUUUACCAUAGUGACUCCUGCAGGUAUGUGAUUCUAAUGACAUAAUUAGUCACCCGUGUUGCUCAUUUAAAGAGAAAUGCACAUGUCCAGGGCAGAUAAACAAGGGGCUUGGCCACAGUAGCUUUUAACUAGAAAUAAGCAGACCCAAAUGGGUAAGCAUGUGCUUUUUAGAAGGGUGGGCCUAGUCUCUGAUUGACAAUUGAUGUCAAUGUCAGUGGUGUUUGUCAAUGUGAUUGACUGAACUGUAUUGACAGUUGUGGCUUUGGCCUUGAUGACAUGGUAGUAAUCAAAUCUCUGAUUGACUUCUAUAUUCUAUCUCACCAGUUUAUUGGGCCAUGUGUGGUUAUCUGGUUAUGUGGUUAUCUCUCCAAUGCAAUGGCUGUCAUGAAUCAUCAUCAUGUGAUCCUUAAUUACAUCAGCGAUUAGAUGCUAUAUUAGCGAGCGCUGCGAAUGCAUCGGCCCUGGGGGAAUGUUUUUACACUAGGACCGCUGGGCCUUGAGGGACCCCCCUUCAAGCUAACUAGCUGUAAUUCUGACUGCAACAUUCUAACAGUGUAAUAAAUACAUUUAAUAUAUGCAAUCACUAAAAUCAUUAUUUGGUUGUGUUCAUGAAGGUGUAACAUUAGAAUAUUAUUUUCCCCCCCAUUUCAAAUAACAAAAUAGCAUUUUCAUUAGUUUAUGUUACUGUAGGCUGUAUGUAAAAGAAACAUAACAACAACAAAAAAACACACCAACAUUCAACUGUUCAAUACAUUUCAUUCCUGGAGUGCCUUUGUUACAACUAUGAAACAGAAACCAUAUGUGUAGGUAGGGGUGCAACUUUGGUUUUAGAAGUGGGGGGGACAUAAUAUAUAUAUAUAUAUAUAUAUGUUUUUUCCCCCCAGUCGGAUAAACACUACAAACAGCCUACCCGACUGCUCAGAGGCGUCCGCAUGGUCCUAAAGCACACCGUUGCCUCAUUUUGUAUCACAUUCCAAUGAUAAAACUGGGGGGGACAACAAUGCAAUUUCAGAAUGUGCCCCUGUGUGUUGGACAUGUCCCCCCCCCGUCCCCAGUAAAAGUUGUGCCCCUGUGUGUUGGAACACGGUAACAGCUUCUUUUUAUAUAUUUUAUUUUCUUUACGAAAUACCCCAACCACAAAGGCGGAUGCAUGGUCAGCAAAACACGCGGUCAAAUGAUGAAAACAGUAGCCUAAACAUCAUUAUAAGCGCCAAGUGUGCUUGAUACAUAGUGAAAAUCUGGAAAAGAUUAUGAAUAUAAGUGUCGAUAUGACUGCAGUCAAAAAUAGUCAGUUAUUGUCAGCUCAUGCUUACAUGUAGCUCAGUUGGUAGAGCAUGGCGCUUGCAAUGCCAGGGUUGUGGGUUUGAUUCCCACGGGGGACCAGUAUGAAAAAAUGUAUGCACUCACUAACUGAAAGUUGCUCUGGAUAAGAGCGUCUGCUAAAUGACUAAAAUGUAAUGAUCUGCGUUUUUCACGUAAUGGCAUUAGUUGGAUUUUAUUUAGCGGUUAUCCCUUGUACUAACAGUCCACACAAAUCUUCGCCACUUUCACUUGCUUGACACACUUCCCACAAACACGUCGCUUGCAGGUGACACAGGUGUCUUGGGUUCUGUUCUUUGUGCAUCUGGCCACCUGGCACUGUCUCCUCCCCAGGAGCUGUGCGAAAUCUGCCUCGCGCAAAGGCUCACGUGGAAUCUUUGCUGCUGUCUUGGCCCUCAUACUGUCUUCGCCCUCAUAUGUCGCUCAUGUAGCCCGUAUACUAGACUCAUGAUGAAGUCUUUCCUGGGCAUGGUGUUGUCCAUGCACUGCUCGAACAACACGUGUGCGUUGAUAGCAGCCAAGUCAAGAAUGUUGUAGAACACAGCAACAGGCCAGUGGCGGGUGACUCCUUUCACAGCGUACAGCCGUGCCAUCUGAUCCAAAACAUCCACACCAACCUGCGGAACAGAAUAGAGUAGAAAACAUUAGGAAAAAAAAACAAGUGUUUUACAGAAGACCAUAAUGCAUUGCAUAAGUGCAUUCGGAAAGUAUUCAGACCCCUUAACUUUUUCCACAUUUUGUUAUGUUACAGCCUUAUUCUCAAAUGGAUUAAAUUGUUUUUUUUCCCUCAUCAAUCUACACACAAUACCCCAUAAUGACAGCUGUUUUUGUAUAUAUAUACAGUGGGGAGAACAAGUAUUUGAUACACUGCCGAUUUUGCAGGUUUUCCUACUUACAAAGCAUGUAGAGGUCUGUAAUUUUUAUCAUAGGUACACUUCAACUGUGAGAGAUGGAAUCUAAAACAAAAAUCCAGAAAAUCACAUUGUAUGAUUUUUAAGUAAUUAAUUUGCAUUUUAUUGCAUGACAUAAGUAUUUGAUCACCUACCAACCAGUAAGAAUUCUGGCUCUCACAGACCUGUUAGUUUUUCUUUAAGAAGCCCUCCUGUUCUCCACUCAUUACCUGUAUUAACUGCACCUGUUUGAACUCGUUACCUGUAUAAAAGACACCUGUCCACACACUCAAUCAAACCGACUCCAACCUCUCCACAAUGGCCAAGACCAGAGAGCUGUGUAAGGACAUCAGGGAUACAAUUGUAGACCUGCACAAGGCUGGGAUGGGCUAAAGGACAAUAGGCAAGCAGCUUGGUGAGAAGGCAACAACUGUUGGCGCAAUUGUUAGAAAAUGGAAGAAGUUCAAGAUGACGGUCAAUCACCCUCGGUCUGGGGCUCCAUGCAAGAUCUCACCUGGUGGGGCAUCAAUGAUCAUGAGGAAGGUGAGGGAUCAACCCAGAACUACAUGGCAGGACCUGGUCAAUGACCUGAAGAGAGCUGGGACCACAGUCUCAAAGAAAACCAUUAGUAACACACUACGCCGUCAUGGAUUAAAAUCCUGCAGCGCACGCAAGGUCCCCCUGCUCAAGCCAGCCCAUCUGAAGUUUGCCAAUGACCAUCUGGAUGAUCCAUAGGAGGAAUGGGAGAAGGUCAUGUGGUCCGAUGAGACAAAAAUAUAGCUUUUUGGUCUAAACUCCACUCGCCGUGUUUGGAGGAAGAAGAAGAUUAGUACAACCCCAAGAACACCAUCCCAACCGUGAAGCAUGGAGGUGGAAACAUCAUUCUUUGGGGAUUAUUUUCUGCAAAGGGGACAGGACGACUGCACCGUAUUGAGGGGAGGAUGGAUGGGGCCAUGUAUCGCGAGAUCUUGGCCAACAACCUCCUUCCCUCAGUAAGAGCAUUGAAGAUGGGUCGUGGCUGGGUCUUCCAGCAUGACAACGACCCGAAACACACAGCCAGGGCAACUAAGGAGUGGCUCCGUAAGAAGCAUCUCAAGGUCCUGGAGUGGCCUAGCCAGUCUCCAGACCUGAACCCAAUAGAAAAUCUUUGGAGGGAGCUGAAAGUCCGUAUUGCCCAGCGACAGCCCCGAAACCUGAAGGAUCUGGAGAAGGUCUGUAUGGAGGAGUGGGCCAAAAUCGCUGCUGCAGUGUGUGCAAACCUGGUCAAGAACUACAGGAAACGUAUGAUCUCUGUAAUUGCAAACAAAGGUUUCUGUACCAAAUAUUAAGUUCUGCUUUUCUGAUGUAUCAAAUACUUAUGUCAUGCAAUAAAAUGCAAAUUAAUUACUUAAAAAUCAUACAAUGUGAUUUUCUGGAUUUUUGUUUUAGAUUCCAUCUCUCACAGUUGAAGUGUACCUAUGAUAAAAAUUACAGACCUCUACAUGCUUUGUAAGUAGGAAAACCUGCAAAAUCGGCAGUGUAUCAAAUACUUGUUCUCCCCACUGUAUAUAUAUAUAUAUAUAUUAUUUUUAAAUAAAACUGAAAUAUCACAUUUACAUAAGUAUUCAGACCCUUUACUACUACUUUGUUGAAGCACCUUUGGCAGCGAUUACAGCCUAGAGUCUUCUUGGGUAUGGCACACCUGUAUUUGGGGAGUUUCUCCCAUUCUUCUCUGCAGAUACACUCAAGCUCUGUCAGGUUGGAUGGGGAGCGUUGCUGCACAGCUAUUUUCAGGUCCCUCCAGAGAUGUUCGAUUGGGUUCAAGUCCGGGCUUUGGCUGGGCCACAUUCAGAGACUUGUCCCGAACCCACUACUGCGUUGUCUUGGCUGUGUGCUUAGGAUCGUUGUCCUAUUGGAAGGUGAACCUUCGCCCCAGUCUGAGGUCCUGAGCGCUCUGGAGCAGGUUUUCAUCAAGGAUCUCUCUAUACUUUGCUCCAUUCAUCUUUCCCUCGUUCCUGACUAGUCUCCCAGUCCCUGAUGCUGAAAAACAUCCCCACAGCAUGAUACUGCCACCACCAUGCUUCACCGUAGGGAUGGUGCCUGGUUUCCUCCAGACAUGACGCUUGGCAUUCAGGCCAAAGAGCUCAAUCUUGGUUUCAUCAUACCAAAGAAUCUUGUUUCUCAUGGUCUGAGAGUCCUUUAGGUUGCCUUUUGGCAAAAUCCAAGCGGGCUGUCAUGUACCUUUUACUGAGGAGUGGCUUCCGUCUGGCCACUCUACCAUAAAGGCCUGAUUGGUGGAGUGCUGCAGAGAUGGUUGUCCUUCUGGAAGGUUCUCCAAUCUCCACAGAGGAAGUCUGGAGCUCUGUCAGAGUGACCAUCAGGUUCUUGGUCACCUCCCUGACCAAGGCCCUUCUCCCCCGAAUGCUCAGUUUGGCUGGGCAGCCAGCUCUUGGAAGAGUCAUUGUGGUUCCAAACUUCUUCCAUUUAAGAAUGAUGGAGGCCACUGUGUUCUUGGGGACCUUCAAUGCUGCAGAAAUUUUUUGGUACCCUUCCCCAGAUCUGUGCCUCGACACAAUCCUGUCUCGGAGCUCUACGGACAAUUCCUUCGACCACAUGGCUUGGUUUUUGCUCUGACAUGCACUGUCAACUGUGAGACCUUAUAUAGACAGGUGUGUGCCUUUCGAAAUCAUGUCCAAUGAAUUUAAUUUACCACAGGUGGACUCCAAUCAAGUUGUAGAAACAUCUCAAGGAUGAUCAAUGGAAACAGGAUGCACCUGAGCGCAAUUUUGAGUCUCAUAGCAAAUUGUCUGAAUACUUAUGUAAAUAAGGUAUUUCUGUUUUUUAUUUUUAAUACAUUUGCUAAAUUUUCUAAAAAAAUGUUUUCGCUUUGUCAUUAUGGGGUAUUGUGUUUAGAUUGAUGAUGAAAAAAAUAUAUUUUAUUCAUUUUAGAAUAAGGCUGUAACGUACCAAAGUUAUGAAAAAGUCAAGGUGUUUGAAUACUUUCCGAAGGCACCGUAUAUAUAUAUAUAUAUAUAUAUAUAUAUAUAUAUAUAUAUAUAUAUAUAUACAUGGCGAUGUCUAUUAUGUAAUGUUGACAUACCUUUGGUUGUAGUGCGUAAUAGUAUCAGUUUUUCUCUUUGUGUCCCUGUCGAUGGCAACCGUCGGAUGCAUGGUGCUCAUGACAGAAACAUUCUUUAUUGCCUUGCGUUGGUAUAGUGUAAGUGUUGUCUUGUCAUUCUUCAGCACCGUUGUGGAUUACAACGGCUGUGUAGGAUCUUAUUUUGCACAAAGGGAGGGAGCUCCCGUCUCGCUUUGUUCAUGGUGCCGGCCAGACUUGUUUUAUUUGCAAGCGUCUUGUUCACCAAUGACAGUUAAGUGAAGAAAUUGUCCAUGGUGACAUUUCUCCCCUUGCCAAUGUAAGGUUCCACAAGCCUCAUCACCACAUUCUCCGACACUCGCUCACCUGCUGCCCGAUGUGGAUCAUUUCCCAAACGGUGUCAUCACUUCCUUUCUCCCGUCUUACCGUUUCAUUUGGUGGUGGCGCGGGCACCUGCUCAGUGGGUACCAUUCUGUAGAGGCUCAGAAUCAGAAGAAUAAUCAUCAGAGAUGUCAUCAUUUAUUUCUUCCCCACCCUCUGAGUCGUUUUCCUUCAGAUCUUCUAGCAGCUCGAAAGCAGCAUGUGCAUCCAUUCGUCUUGGUCUUCUUGCCAUUGUAAAUUACGCAGGCUCUCACUGUGUACUACAAGUAGGCCAGAGUAGACUGCUAAGACUGCUUGGAUUUGGUCGACUGAUAUAGGGUACAUACCAUUUUUUGAUUAUAAUUAUAAUAUACCAAUACAAUAGAAUGGCCCGCCCUGUUAUUCAUUCACAAUUGGUGAUUACAUAAUUAUGCGUUAUCCACUUCCCCUCACUCAUCAACUAACCCAUGCUCCCCCUUUCUCCCCCAUCAUACUUUAUUUCAUAUAUUUCAUCUGUUGUUAUAUGUGUGAAAUUAGGUUCGGUAUAGUUUAGGUUCAGUUUCGAGGCAAUUAUCGGGGUGAUUAUCAACUGGCCUCUGCACUGUCCCAUGUUGGGAGAAUGAGCGGCGCAGGCCCUACUGUUGGUCAAAGGAGAAAACCAUUCAAAUAAUGACACGCCCUCCUAAAAAUGGUUAUAACUCCAAUUCUGUUUGUGAUAUUAUGAUUCUAACAACGGCAGUGUGUUAUAUAGACUUAUUUAGGAAAAGUCAAGGACAGAGUGGGGCAUGACUUUAAAAAUGGCAGAGUAAUAAAAUAUAUAAAUUCAUGAGCAGUCAAAAUGACUGCUUUAGUGGUUCUAGUGUUAAUCAAUGAAGAAGUAACAAUUGGCUCAUUAACAUCAAAGUGACCUCCCCUGCCACUACCAUCAACAUCACCAAAAGAGUCAGGCUGAAAACCAAGACCCACCCUUAGAGAGGGUGAUUUUGUACUUGUCUAUAACAACACACACACACACACACACAGUCAGAAGUUGGAGUUGGGUAAACUCCGACAGGGUGCAGAGAGACCUGCAGUACACUCCAGAGAUAGAUAGAUGUGUGUUGGGGCUAAGGCUUCUAAGCAAACCCUCCACACCAUUCAUCAUUCCAGACGCCAGGUCACAAAUAAUUACAGCUCCCACUUUCUCCUUCAGUUUAAUAGGGUAAUAGAUAUUUCUGAAGCAUGUUCCCCGCUAUCUGUCCGCUUGCCUCUCUGCAUUUCAAAUGUGUGAAAGCAGCAUAAUCGGAUUUCAAACAUGAUUAGUAGAGAUGCUCCGACAGCUCCGCAGAUCGUCAGGGAGGGGCGGCAUGCGUGCCGAGGUGGCGUGGGAUGGGGCUCGUGUUGUAAGGCAAAAAAGUCAUUCAUUUAGCUGUUGGCACAGAGAACUUUCGGCUAGUUUCAGUACUUGGGAUACUGUGUAACGAAUUGGCGAUCAGUAAUUACAGACGGAGGAGAGAGAGUAAAUAAGGGACUUUCUGAGGCAUGACUGUUGUGCAGCAGGGAAAUUGCAUCUGUCAUUCACUGACUUUGACUACCUAAGUUUGCCGGCGUCUUGUUUUCAUUUUACCAUGGAGCGUUCAAGGUUAUUGUGACUUCUCUGGCGCUACUUCAGUCUCUCUCCCAACAGUCUCUCUCUGUGGAACAGCAUAGGCAAUUGGAGCCAUCUGGGUAUUUAGAGUCUGGCUUGCAGGUACCAUCCUCCUUUGUUUCAAAUCACAUUCAUUACAGCCAAGGGAGGAUGGCACAUCCAUUUUAGAAGCCUUUCUGUGUGUGUGUGUGUGUGUGUGUGUGUGUGUGUGUGUGUGUGUGUGUGAGCAUGCUUUUAUCAGGAGAUGAUGCAUGCUUUUAUCAGGACAUGAGAGGAGGUCUGUGAUUUAAAGCUAACUGAAGGGCUGCAGUACUAUCCUCAACAAAGCAUCUCAAACACUACUCUCAUUCCCAGCCAUGUUUCUCACUGAAAGCCUGGAAGAGAGGCUGUCCAAACACAUCAUCACACAUAUGGAGGCAAUGUUAACCUUCACUGAAUUCUCAAAGACAAAAUGGAUCCUAAAAUAUAAUGUGACCACAUCAAAAAGCCCCCCAAAAGCUCUUACAUUUGGUCAUCUAGCGGGUAUAAUUUAAUGAUAUUACAAAAACAGUUUUAGGUCAGGCAGGAAUUUAGAUUCUCUUGAAUUCUUUCCGUCACAUCAUUGGUAGUUAAAGACAAUUUGUCUUGUGGCUACUGUAUGAACAGUCUACCUAAAGCCAUUGGUUUCUAGAUGUGUCCGGUUAUAUUGUUUUCAAUGUCUAUCUGAAGUUUCCAUUGUUUUUUAGAUGUGUCCAGUUAGUAACCUGACGUUAUUUCUCUCCUUCAGGCCCAGGACAUCCAAGCUCCCCCAGCUCUGUCCCAGGGUCUCCAGGAGAUCUGGUUCCCAUCGCGGCAGACAGACAGCAGCUCCGUGGGCCAGCUCAAACGCAUGAAGAGAGACUGGGUCAUCCCCCCAAUCAACGUCCCCGAGAACUCCAGAGGAGAGUUCCCCCAGGACCUGGUCCGGGUAAGAUGUUGCACACACACACACACACACACACACACACACACACACACACACACACACACACACACACACACACACACACACCAGAUAUCCACAAUCUCAAAGGAAAUGGUCUUGCUCUGAUCUGAGCUUCAUGGUUCUACAGUGCCUUGCAAAAGUAUUCAUCCCCCUUGGCGUUUUUCUUAUUUUGUUGCAUUACAACCUGUAAUUGAAAUAGAUUUUUAUUUGGAUUUAAUGUAAUGGACAUACACAAAAUAGUCUUAAUUGGUGAAGUGAAAUGAAAAAAAUUACUUGUUUCAAAAAAUUCUAAAAAAUAAACAACGGAAAAGUGGUGCGUGCAAAUGUAUUCACCCCAUUUGCUAUGAAGCCCCUAAAUAAGAUCUGGUGCAACCAAUUACCUUCAGAAGUCACAUAAUUACUUAAAUAAAGUCCACAUGUGGGCAAUCUAAGUGUCACAUGAGCUGUCACAUGAUCUCAGUAUAUAUACACCUGUUCUGAAAGGCCCCAGAGUCUGCAACACCACUAAGCAAGGGGCACCACCAAGCAAGUGGCACCAUGAAGACCAAGGAGCUCUCCAAGCAUGUCAGGGACAAAGUUGUGGAGAAGUACAGAUCAGGGUUGGGUUAUAAAAAAUAUUUGAAACUUUGAACAUCCCACGGAGCACCAUUAAAUCCAUUAUUAAAAAAUGGAACGAAUAUGGCACCACAACAAACCUGCCAAGAGAGGGCCGCCCACCAAAACUCACGGACCAGGCAAGGAGGGCAUUAAUCAGAGAGGCAACAAAGAGACCAAAGAUAACCCUGAAGGAGCUGCAAAGCUCCAAAGCGGAGAUUGGAGUAUCUGUCCAUAGGACCACUUUAAGCCGUACACUCCACAGAGCUGGGCUUUACGGAAGAGUGGCCAGAAAAAAGCCAUUGCUUAAAGAAAAAAAUAAGCAAACACAUUUGGUGUUCGCCAAAAGCCAUGUGGGAGACUCCCCAAACAUAUGGAAGAAGAUGCUCUGGUCAGAUGAGACUAAAAUUGAGCUUUUUGGCCAUCAAGAAAAACGCUAUGUCUGGCGCAAACCCAACACCUCUCAUCACCCCGAGAACACAAUCCCCACAGUGAAGCAUGGUGGUGGCAGCAUCAUGCUGUGGGGAUGUUUUUCAUCGGCAGGGACUGGGAAACUGGUCAGAAUUGAAGAAAUGAUGGAUGGUGCUAAAUACAGUGAAAUUCUUGAGGGAAACCUGUUUCAGUCUUCCAGAGAGUUGAGACUGGGACGAAGGUUCACCUUCUAGCAGGACAAUGACCCUAAGCAUACUGCUAAAGCAACACUUGAGUGGUUUAAGGGGAAACAUUUAAAUAUCUUGGAAUGGCCUAGUCAAAGCCCAGACCUCAAUCCAAUUGAGAAUCUGUGGAAUGACUUAAAGAUUGCGGUACACCAACGGAACCCAUCUAACUUGAAGGAGCUGGAGCAGUUUUGCCUUGAAGAAUGGGCAAAAAUCCCAGUGGCUAGAUGUGCCAAGCUUAUAGGGACAUACCCCAAGAGAUUUGCAGCUGUAAUUGCUGCAAAAGGUGGCUCUACAAAGUAUUGACUUUUGGGGAGUGAAUAGUUAUGCACGCUCAUGUUUUCUGUUUUUUUGUCUCAUUUCUUGUUUGUUUCACAAUAACAAAUAUGAAUGUAACCUGGUAUGAUGUAGCGUUAGAGACCUCAGUGAAUAUUACAAAGAGCCCUCCAUUGGCCUGUUUCCCCGUUGAGAUACUAUCUUCCCUUUAUCAUGGGCUCAAGGACACUCCCAGCCCAUCCAUUUACCUUCUACACACACACACACACACACACACACACACACACACACACACACACACACACACACACACACAAACACACAAACACAACCUCUCUCCAUAGCAGUGGGUGGGUGGAUGUGAAUGAUGAAGGACUGGCAAUCUUUCUCAUGUCAGUUAAGAAGUAGAUCCUUUCUCAACGUAAGCUUACUGGUUCCUGACUGAGUGCUAAGUCCAGUAUAUGACGUCUGUAUGUAUUAUAUUUAAUCCAAGGGCAUUAGGGGGUGGGGAUGUUGCUGAGUCUAAUGGAUGGCAUAAGGGUGAGGCACCAGGCACUAUGCAAACACACCAUGGAUACCCAGGCUUAUGGGUAGAGAUAGACAGGACAGUGAAGACACAGAGGGUCAAAUAUAUCACACUCACAUAGCCUUGCAAAAGUAUUCAGACCCCUUGGAUUUCUUCACAUUUUAUUGUGUUACAAAGUGGGAUUAAAAUGUAUUUACUUGUCAUUUUUUUGUCAACAAUCUACACAAAAUAUUCUGUAAUGUCAAAGUGGAAGAAAGAUUCUAACAUUUUUUAAAGAUUAAUAGAAAUUGAAUAACUAAAAUAUAGUCAUUGCAUAGUAUUCAGCUUCUUGAGUCAAUACAUGUUAGAAACACAUUUGGCAUCGAUUACAGCUGUGAAUCUUCUUAGGUAAGUCUAUAAGAGCUUUGCACACCUGGAUUGUGCAAUAUUUACCCAUUAUUAUUUUCAAAAGUCUUCAAGCUCUGUCAAGAUAGCAAUUUUAAAGUAUUCCAAUAGAUUUUCAAGCAGUUUUAAGUCAAAACUGUAACUUGGCCACUCAGGAACAUUCACUGCCUUCUUGGUAAGCAACUCCAGCGUACAUUUGGCCUGGUUAUUGACCUGCUGAAAGGUGAAUUCCUCUCCCAGACUCUGGUGUAUGGCAGACUGAAGCAGGUUUUCCUCUAGGAUUUUGCCUUUUCUUAGCUCCAUCCCAUGUAUUUUUAUCCUGAAAAACUCCCAAGUAUUUGCCGAUGUCAAGCAUACCCAUACCAUGAUGCAGCCACCACCAUGCUUGAAAAUAAGGAGGCUGUCAGGUCGUGUUGUAGGUGUGGUGUAGGAAUCAAACGCAGGAAGCAGACUGAAUUCCAAAAAGCUGUAUUCCUGCCUAAACACAGGCAACAGGACAAAAUAAGCCUGACAGCAAAAUACGCACGAAGGCGAAAAGACAAAUGCGCACAAACAGGUGCGUCAGGAUGAAAUAAGUGCACACACAAGUGCAACGAACGCUCCAGCAAACAGUGGAGAAAAUAACGCUCAACCGAGCAAUACACAGACUGACGGUAACAAUCACACACAACACAAGACAAACACAACGAGAAACUUAUAGGACACUAAUUACUACAAAACAGAAACAGGUGUAGAAACAAACAGACAAAAGCAAACGAACAUGAAACAUCAAUCGGUGGCAGCUAGAAUUCCGGAGACGACGAACGCCGAAGCCUGCCCGAACAAGGGAGAGAGGCAGCCUCGGCCGAAACCGUGACAGAGGCAGUUACUCAGUGAUGUGUUGUGUUGGAUUUACCCCAAACAUAAGGCUUUGCAUUUAGGCCAAAAAGUGUAUUCCUUUGUUGUUUUUUUGCUGUAUAGUUGUAUUCUUCUUUUCAUUCUGUCAUUUAUGUCGUUAUUGUGGAGUCACUACAAUGUUGUUGAUCCAUCCUCAGUUUUCUACCAUCACAGACAUUGAACUGUUUUAAUAUCACCAAUGGCCUCAUGGUAACAUCCCUGAGCAGUUUCAUUCCUGUCUUGCAGCUCAGUUCAGAAAGAUGACUGUAUCUUUGAUGUGUCUGGGUGGUUUAAUAUAUAAUCCACAGCUUAAUUAUUAACUUGAUCAUGCUUAAAGAGAUAUUCAAUGUCUGAUUUGUUAUUGUUACCCAUCUACCGAUCACUGCCUUUCUUUAUGAGGCUUUCGAAAAGCUCCCUGGUCUUUGUUGUUGAGUCUGUGCUCGAAAUGUAUGUAUGCAUGGGGACAGAGGAAGAGUUAGUAGUUAAAAAAUGUAUGUUAACCCCUACUAUUUCACACAGAGUGAGUCCAUUAAACUUAUUAUGUGAUUUUCUUAAGACAAAUUUAACUCCUGAACUAAUUUAGGCUUGCCUUAACAAAUAGGCUGAACAACUAUAUUUUUGUUGUGAAUGUUUUAUUUAUUAAAGAAAACGUUGACAUUACAGUGUAUUUUGUGUAGAUUGUUGACAAAUAAAUGUCACACUAGGGCUGGGAAUUGCCAGGGACCUCACGAUACGAUAUUAUCAUAAUACUUAGGUGCUGAUACGAUAUGUAUUGCGAUUCUCACAAUUCGAUAUGUAUUGCGAUUAAAUACUGUGAUAUUAUUGUGAUUCCAUGGUCCAAACAUAUUGCUCACCAUAUGUCUACUGUAGAGGGACACGAGAGAGUCAUGAGAAACGAGUUCUGAUCAGUCAUGGAAAUAAAAGUGUUGAAAAAAAAUUGUUUUGGUGCAGAUACAACCAAUUAACGCAAACAUAAUAUUGUGAUAUUGUCAUAAAUUAUACGAUACGAUAUGUUGUCAAAAAUAAUAUCCCGAUAUGUAACUGUAUCGAUUGUUCCCCCAUCACUAAUACACACACACGCAAGGGAGGAAGAUCUGUCUGUACCACUCACCAACGGGACUCCAGGGCACACACACACACCGAUAUAUACCCCGCCAUGACAUUAUUAUUUGAAGUAGAAUUCUGAACAGUAUAUAUACCUACAAUUGAGUAUUGAUCAUCAUUUAACCAACCUACUUUCGGGUUCUGAAACAGAUCCGGUCGGACAAUGACAAGAACCGCUCCCUGAGGUACAGUGUGACCGGACCCGGAGCUGACCAGCCGCCCACCGGCAUCUUCAUAAUCCACCCCAUCUCCGGAGAGCUGUCUGUCAUGAAACCCCUGGACAGAGAACACAUAUCCAACUUCCACGUAAGUCUCUCACACACACACACAUGGGCCUACGUGAGAGAGAGGAGAUGACUAGGACCACGCACACUGUCAAGUCAAGAUCCACUUUGGAUCGAAACGUUGUUAUUUUCUAGGCAAAUAAAUGUAUGGUGGAGUAAUAGUGUGUGCAGGUCCUAUUAAUCUCAAGCCUUCCUUGGCCCAGCAUGACCUAAAGUGAUGUGUGUUUGACUGUAUUGACUUUUCUCCAUGAAAGAGAGAGUAACUUGACCAUGCAACCUGUGCAGUGAAUAGGAGCAACAGAGCAGACAUUCCAAGCGUUUACAGUAUGUGAUGAGGUGAUUUUGAAGGAGUCAGGCGCAGGAGGGUAAAUCACAGCAUAAGAGGAUUUAUUCGGAACCACAGAGUUACGCAGUAAUGCGUAAAAACACUCCAGUGCGCAAAAAGGCGCACUGGAAAAUACAAGGCACACGGGGAAUAUUCCCGGCGAUACAAAAUACACGGAGCUCCACCGAGCUUCUCUCUCCUCCACAAUAAACAAUCACACACAAAGACAAGGGUGCAGAGGGAACACUUAUACAGGUACUGAUGAGGGGAUAUGAACCAGGUGUGUGUAAUAAACAAGACAAAACAAAUGGAAUGAUGAGAUGAGGAGCGACAGUGGCUAGAAGGCCGGUGACGACGAACGCCGAAGCCUGCCCGAACAAGGAAAGGAGGCAGCCUCGGAGGAAGUCGUGACACAGUAAAAGGUUUCUAAACAGAGUACCAAGCAUUAAGCCCUCUUUAUCGAGAUGUACAGUAUGCGUCCUAUUUGGCUUAUACAUACAUUCUGUACAUUCCAGGAGGCUGAAUGGCAUGUGUUGAAGGUCCCUUGGUAGUCCAAACACUCCUCAAUAGUGUACACUAGAGAGGGUUGGGGGGUUUGGGAGGCAUUCCGGAACUCUGACUUAUCCGUCUGAGAAUUUGAAAGAUUCAACGUGUGAUUGAAUUUGUUUAAAGAAGCAGCUAUUUUACAAGUAAUGAUAACCUCCAGGGAUAUCAUGACCCACUCAUAACUAUUUAAUUAAACGUCAGUGGUCAUUGUUUGGGAGUUGUGAUAUGUCUAGCAACCAAUGCUAUUGAUUUGAUUCAGGGUGAGACUUGUAUUAGACUGUGGGCAGACAGUAAAAGCAGUAAAUUGGAUAAUGGAGUGGGCAUCGGUGGAAGCGCUGCGCUGUGAAGAAACAAACAUUAACAGAAUUGAAAGGCACAUUUCUGGGCUCAUUAUUUUUAUCUGAGAGAACUGGAAAGAGGUAAGGGAGAGAGCCAUCACAAUGCCAAAGUUCUGCUUUGGCAAAUUGGAGUGUGUUAGCUUAUGGUUCUUACAUUGCUAUGAAUUUGGUAUGUUUUCUGUUUUCUGGUUAUGGUAUGCCUGGAUGAAUAAGUAUAUGCGUGGAUGUGUGCGUGCGUAUGCAUGUGUGUCCACCACAACCAGCUGAGUGCUGAUAUCUCCCUGGUGUCUCCCUACAGCUGAGAGCCCAUGCUGUGGAUCUGAAUGGUAACCAGGUAGAGAGCCCCAUCGACAUUGUGAUCAAUGUGAUUGACAUGAACGACAACCGGCCAGAGUUCAUCCAUCAGAUCUGGAACGGCACCGUUCCCGAAGGCUCCAAACCAGGUAGGAGCCCAGACUAACCUUCCAGCCUCUGGCCCACUGUGCCACUAGACUAUUACUACAUCAAACGGCAUUGAUGAAUCACAGGCGUAAUCAUUUUGUUAAUUUGGCUGUGGUUCGAUAUGGAUAAGAUCUCUGCCAAUAGUAAGUAUUCUCUUGUGGAAGUGCAUUGUCAACAUUUCAGACGAAGCCAAAGCUUUUAUUUAGGCUGUGUUUCGACUAUGCUCCAUGUUAGUCAGUGGAUCCUCAUAGUAGGGAAGUAACAUUAGUGUAAUGACUGUAUUAGAUCAAUUAAAUGCAGUACUGAAAUAAAACAAGGUUAUACCUUUUUAAAGGUCCUUGUUAAAUUCCCUAUUUGCAUCUUCUGUCUCUCUUGUCAUUUCUCAGGGACCUUUGUUAUGACAGUAACGUCUGUUGACAAAGACGACCCCAAAACAGCCAAUGGGAUGCUGCGCUACAAGAUCGUAUCCCAGAAUCCCGAGAGCCCGACAUCCAACAUGUUCACCAUUAACAACAAGACAGGAGGCAUUAUUACCGUCGCAGCCGGCCUGGACAGAGAGGUACGCAAUACAGCAGUUUGUGUGUGUGUGCUCACCUAUUAAACCCCAUUGCAGUAGCAUUAAAGUUACAGUCCCAUUAUCACAUUCAUUCAUAUGUGCUCCUCCUUCACUGCUUGGCGUUCCGCUAACUCGCAUACAUCAAGAUAUAUUUUCCUUUGUUUACCUAAAUGAGCUGUAGAUUGCAGACAAACAGAACCGCAAAGUUUUGAGUUGUUUUUGCUGCUGAUAAUCUUUAGUGUGUCUCAAAACUAAUGAAGUUUGCUAAGUAUGCCCGAUUACCAUUUUACCAACGAAGCCCAGAAAUUGACUCAUCACCCGCUUCGUACUUAUUUACUCUAACAUGGACGCAACAUGCAUCAUUGAGCAGCUAAAUGUUUCUCUCCCCAUUGCUGUUAAUGGUAACACUCCUAUUUAAUUGCAUGGCGAUGGCCUUGCUUUUACUGGAAGGAAGACGGACGGGAAAAAUUACGGAAUAAAUAUAUAAGUCGAAGGGAAAAAACAAAGCCAAUUUGUGCAAUUCUGGCGAAGGCAAUAUGUAUAGCUGGCCCACUCAAUCAAGUUUGCCUCAUGGCUGCUGUUAUAUGUACGGCAUUUGCCACCAUGAAAGUAAUUUGCCCGAUUCUCAUUACCUAGGAACUGGUCCGUCGCCUGAGUAGCUUUUAAUGUGAAGGGAGUCAUUUGUUACAGUGGGAUUACCCAUCGUGCACCAUGAUGCUACACAGAGUGGAAGUGUUGCACUCCCACAGCAAGCUGACUUCUAUUGUUCCUUUCUCUCUCUACAGGGAAUUGAUGUAGACUUGAUCAUUGUGAGAAUAACUAGGAUUCCUCGUUGUGGUUUGAAAGCUAGCGGGUUAAGAGGAGAAUUGGGGAAAAAAUAAUGGGAGAGAAAUUUACAAGGAUCAUUAUUUUGGUUUAUGUAAGAUCCAAUUUAUACUGUACACAAGGCUCAACAAAAGGUUUAGGUGUGGAUUAUUUUUCAACAUGUCUGUUUUCUUUAUUUUUUUUCAUGCAGAAAGUGCCUCAGUACACGUUGAUCAUCCAGGCCACAGACAUGGAGGGCAACCCCAUGUACGGCCUGUCCAACACUGCCACGGCCGUCAUCAAAGUGACCGACAUCAACGACAACCCACCAGAGUUCACUGCCGAGAUGGUAAGAAAGAACAUAGCUUCACAUCUCUGCAUUACACCACACUGUGUGAUUCACUCUGUGCCCAGUCAUAGCACUGUAAAGAACCAGGCAGAGCAGGUUGUGUCUCAACCGAUGACGGGCACAACACAAAUACCUCAGAUUAUGUAAAAUAGGGUCUAAGUUACAACAAAUGCGAAAUAAAUAAUUAAAUAGCAGUUUACGCGUUUUUAGAUAAUUGACGUUAAAGGCAAAAAAAUUACAUAAUUGUUAUUCAAACAUUUAUUUUCAAGAAAUUAUAAAAUAGUUGUACAACCCUGUUUGUAAGCUUUUUAAAUGAUAUCAAACUUAACCAUUCAUACUUUCCAGUGAUGAAGGACUGGAUGUCUCAUGAUAGGGUGGGGUAUGCAAACCGGGUCAACUUUGAGCACAUCUAUUGCCUAAAUGUUUCGGCAUUCAGGUCCAAAAAGUUACUUUCUGACCACUUCUACUAUGGGCAAAUAUGUAUAAAAAGGUUCAUUCAAAUCAAAAGGGGUGCAUCCAAAAAGUGAUUGAAAUCAUAUGGAACAACCCACAUGUAAGUACUGACACUUUGAGUACAUCAGGCAGGCAGAGAGAGCAGAGCAGAGAGAGGUGCUUGAUGUAUUUGUGAGCGAUACAUUGGCCCUUGUGUAAUGUAAUGGUAUUGUUUUGCUAUCAGACCAAGAUGGCGAUGAUAACAUGAUAAGUUGCUGUGGACAUUUAUUUACUUGAAAUUAGGAGUUGGAUGUGUAGAGCUGGAGCACGGAGCCUGUGUUUUCCGCUGGCGCAGCAUUAUGUGUAACUGCUCUCUGUCCCAUCCUCCAUCUUUUAUUCAUGUAGUUCUUUGGAGAGGUGCCUGAGAACCGGGUGAAUGUCAUCGUGGCCAACCUGACGGUGACGGACAAAGACCAGCCCAACACGCCAGCGUGGAACGCCGUCUACAAGAUCACUGGGGGCGACCCCACCGGCAGGUUCUCCGUGCCAACCGAUCCCACCACUAACGAGGGCCUGGUAACCGUUGUCAAGGUGAGACAGACUGCCACACCCUCAGACUUAAUCCAUCCCCCCAAUCCCCUUCCCUCCACUCCCGUAUCUCCCAGGGGAGCCACUUAUUUUUAAUAGCUAAGACUCAGCUCUUUCAAAAAAGUAGUUUAUUAUGCUCUUGUAUGUUUGUAAGCUGAGUGUCGUCUUUAGUAGAGAGAACAGAGGUGCAUACCAUGUGUUUAAUUAAAUACCACCGCGUGUGUGUAAAGUAAUUGAAUAAUAAUUUCUCUGCAGUAGUAGUACAACUAACUACAGUAUCCCCUGGCUGACUUCUUCUGGGCUCUUUUCCUCAUUGCAUUAGAAGAAGAAGAGUACUUUAUUGAUAAAAAAAUAACAGAAUAAAUACUUUAUCGAUCCAUUCCCUUACAGUCCAUGGAACAUACUUACGUACUGUUGCAUUUCCUCCCUCCAGCCAAUCGACUAUGAGAUCAGCAGGACAUACAUGUUGACGGUGGUAGCGGUGAAUGAGGUGUCUCUCGCCCGGGGUAUCCACUCCCCUCGCCAGUCCACCGCCACGGUCUCCAUCAGGGUCAUCGAUGUCAACGAGAGCCCCUACUUCGACCCCAACCCCAAACUCAUCAAAUUGGAGGAGGGGAUGUUAGCAGAAUCUACACUGACCACCUUCACAGCACAGGACCCUGAUAGAUUCAUGCCGCAAAGCAUUAGGUAAUAAUGAUACUAAAUAGCUGUAUUCAUACAAAGCUUUUCAUGCAGUUUCCUCAAUCACUGACUGCCCUUAUGCCAAUAAAAACACUCCCAUCCUCAGUAAGAUACGUAUCUUUCUUUUGUUGAACGUUCACCACCUUUAGCCUUGAAUGUAUAAGUCUGCAUAAAAUAAAAUAAUAAUAAUAAUAAUAAUAAUAAUAAACGAACACGUAAGGUUUGAAUGAACAUCUUGUAUCUUCUUUCGUCCUCUCUAUUCUCAGAUACUCCAGGCUCUCAGACCCAGCCAACUGGCUAAGAAUCGACCCUAACACCGGGCGCAUCACAACCAUCGCUGUCCUGGACCGCGAGUCGCCCUACGUGAAGGACAACAUGUACAGCGCCACCUUCUUGGCAUCUGACAAUGGUACUUAGCCUAGCCACCAGGCGCUAAUAUCUGCUUCCCGAUGUAUAGCCAAGUAGCCUAGGAGAAUAUUGUUUUUAGCAGGCAAAAAUCUCACACACAGCUGCCUUGUUCAAGGUUAACAUUGUGCCUGACACCAACGUAGCAACCGAAGUUAAUGUUUCAGAGCGAGCCCAGACCUACCAACCACACUGUGGACGUGUUCACCUCUCUCCUCUCUCUUUCCCUGACUGGAUUUACCUCUGUUCAGGUUUAGCCUGUUCCACGGAGCACAGCACAGGCCAAUAGGCUUAGAAACUCUCCCAAUAAAGAGGUUUCUCAGCAUUAAUAGGUCAGGAUUAGAUGAGUAGCUCAUUUGAGCGUGGCCUGAAUGGCAAAAAAGCCUCUUAGCCCCAUUAAUACAUAGAGGGGCUGAGGCUCUGGGUCUCCGGGGCUAAGGCAGCGACAGUGGGCUCUUCUCUGUCUGUCUGCUUUAGUAUUCUCACCCUGUGGCCUCCCUCUUCAUCAGGAAUAUACACUCUCUUCAGAUCACACACUCACACACAUACACACACAUGCACAGCUCCUCUGCUCCUCCCUCCAUUCCCCAAACAUUGCAUUAUAUCCCCCACCCUCGCCCCUGGAGAGAGAGGAGCUCCGCUCCUCAGAUCAGUAUGCAGUCUGGAGGGGUCCUGUCCCUGCAGACUGGCUGCUGCUGCUCCUCUCUGCCUUACUUUUGCACCAAGCACAAGGCUCAGGAUAAGGACGUUAUGUAUUACCAAACAUGCAGCGAGACAUCAUGCAUUAAGAUCACUUCAAUGGUAUAUUUCCCCUUAUCGUUAUUAUGUAUUCUAAGAUGUUUAUGUGUGUGUGUGUGUGCGUCCUUCCCUGUCUGUGUGUGAUGUCCCAUCCAGGCGUCCCCCCAGCGAGCGGUACAGGCACCCUGCAGAUCUCCCUGCUGGACAUCAACGACAAUGCGCCCCACGUCUACCCCCAGGAGACCGAGAUGUGCGAGAAACCCGAGCCCAACGGCAUCAACAUCACAGCGCUGGACGGAGACCUCAACCCCAACGCCGGACCCUUCGCGUUCGAGCUGGCCAACAGGCCCUCAGACGUCAGGAGAAACUGGACCAUCACACGGCUCAGUGGUAAGACACAACAAUAACAAACAAUUAAACAAGCAAAACACUGUAGAUCAGGGAUGUGGUCGGCAAUACUGCUGGUUUUCAUUCUUCCCAUGUAAUCAGAGACUGAUUUAGACCUGGGUCACCAGGUGAGUGGACAUUCAUCAAUCAACUGCCAGUGGUUUACAACUGCCAGCGAGAAUGGAGAACCACCAGUACUGUGUGGUCCUGGUUAUUUGGAUGGUGAUAAUAACACUAUAUGGUUUGGGACUGUUUGUGCUUGGCACUGGUUUAGAGGCAUUACGGUAUGGGCAUCAUGUCCAUGAGGUUUCUGGCUCUCCAUAGGGCCAAGAGCAGUGACCUACACUCUUAGAAAAAAAGGUGCUAUCUGGAACCUAAAAGGGUUCUUUCCACAGAGGGUUCUACAUGGAACCCAAAAGGGUUCUGCUAUGGGGACAGCCGAAGAACCAUUUUGGAUCCCUUUUUUUCUACGAGCGUAUAACAAUAGACAAUGCUCUGUGUGCGUGCCUCACAAGGCCUAUAUUAAGACACUAUAUUAUAAAAGAGAUUAAUAACAGGCCUUUGUUUUAUCAAUCAGCUCGCUAAUUGAUUAUGCUAAUUAUACAAACAAAAUAAUGGAGGAAUUACUCAUUUGUUGUGCGUUGAUAGCGAUUAGAUGUGAGUGGAAACCGCAGUAAAUGAAUAACUAACUUAAUAGGAUAACAGCCAUAUGGAUUAUAGGAGCUGGGGGGGGGGGUUUAGCCUAAGCGGCAUUAUCAAAAAGGUCUUCAGUGGGUUUAUAAACUCAAAAUCUAAAUCCUGACCAUAUUUUGGAUUAGAUAUGCUGACACAAUUUCCAGGUAUUGGAAUUCAUGCUGUUCAAAAACAUGUGGACACUACUUCAAAUUAGUGGAUUUGGCUAUUUCCGCCAUGCUGACAGGUGUAUAAAUCGAGCACACAGCCAUGCAAUCGCCAUAGACAAACAUUGGCAGUAGAAUGGCCCGUACUGAAGAGCUCAGUGACUUUCAGCUGCCCCAGUCAACUGUAAGUCAUGUUAUUGUGAAGUUGAAACGUCUAGGAGCAACAACGGCUCAGCAACGAAGUGGUAGGCCACACAAGCUCACAGAACAGGACCGCCAAGUGCUGCAGCGUGUAGCGUGUAAAAAUGGUCUGUCCUCGGUUGCAACACUCACUACCAAGUUCCAAACUGCCACUAGAAGCAACGUCAGCACAAUAACUGUUCGUCAUGAGCUUCAUGAAAUGGGUUUCCAUGGCCGAGCAGCCGCACACAAGCCUAAGAUCACCAUGCACAAUGCCAAGCAUUGGCUGGAGUGGUGUAAAGCUCGAUACCGUUGGACUCUGGAACUGUGGAAACGCGUUCUCUGGAGUGAUGAAUCACGCUUAACCAUCUGGCAGUCCAACAGACAAAUCUGGGUUUGGCGGAUGCCAGGAGAACGCUACCUGCCCGAAUGCAUAGUGCCAACUGUAAAGUUUGUUGGAGGAGGAAUAAUCUGGUCUGGGGCUGUUUUUCAUGGUUCUGGCUAGGCCCCUUAGUUCCAGUGAAGGGAAAUCUUAACUCUACAACAUACAAUGACAUUCUAGACGAUUCUGUGCUUCCACCUUUGUGGCAACAGUUUGGGGAAGGCCCUUUCCUGUUUCAGCAUGACAAUGUGCCCGUGCACAAAGCGAGGUCCAUACAGAAAUGGUUUGUCGAGAUCGGGGUGGAAGAACUUGACUGGCCUGCACAGAGCCCUGACCUGAACCCCAUCAAACACCUUUGGGAUGAAUUGGAAUGCCGACUGCGAGCCAGGCCUAAUCGCCCAACAUCAGUGCCCGACCUCACUAAUGCGCUUGUGGCUGAAUGGAAGCAAGUCCCCGCAGCAAUGUUCCAACAUCUAGUGGAAAGCCUUCCCAGAAGAGUGGAGGCUGUUAUAGCAGCAAAGGGGGGACUAACUCCAUAUUAAUGCCCAUGAUUUUGGAACGAGAUGUUCGAUGUUUGUGUCCACAUACUAUUGGCCAUGUAGUGUAUCUCUUUUCCCAGUAGUUACACUCCGGGACUGUCCGGAGGGAUUAGUAAUGAACUUUCCCUUCCUUUAUGUCUCUUUCCCUCCCUCCCUCCCUCCCUCCCUCCCUCUCCCCCGUCUCCCUCCUUCCCCCAGGUGACUAUGCCCAGUUGAGCCUGAAGAUCGGCUUCCUGGAAAGGGGCAUCUACGAGAUCCCCAUCAUCAUCACUGACUCUGGCAACCUGCCCAUGUCCAACACCUCCUACCUGCGGGUCAAGGUGUGCCAGUGUGACCACAACGGGGACUGCACCGACCAGCAGCACAUCAUCGCCGCAGGGCUGGGCACGGGCGCCAUCAUCGCCAUCCUGCUCUGCAUCAUCAUCCUCCUCAGUGAGUGCAACCCUGCCCUCUCGCAUGCUCGCGCGCGCAUACACACUCUCACACUCACACAAACACACACACACCAGACACCAGUGUCCCCACCACCCCACCCACCACACACACACAAGAUAAAAUGCCAUCCCUUGCCAUCCCCAAACACUGCCACCGGAAUUAUGAAGGGAGCAAGUAGAUUAUUUCAGGAUUACCCAAAAGAUAACCCAGAUCAGGCUCGAGGCAAGCUCUAAAUUCUGGAUUGGAUUACAUGUGUAUACAAAAUAUGUCAAUUAUUAUGUUUUGUAAUAUGGGAUCUCUCUCACUCUUUCCCUCCCUCCCUCCCUCCCUCCUUCUGUAGUUCUGGUGUUGUUGUUUGUGGUAUGGAUGAAGCGUCGUGAUAAGGAGCGUCAGGCCAAGCAGCUGCUCAUUGACCCGGAGGACGACGUCAGAGACAACAUCCUGAAGUACGACGAGGAGGGAGGUGGAGAGGAGGACCAGGUGGAGUAACACACACACACAUGCAGAUAGACACACACACACACAUACACAUUGAAACACACACUCACAUACACACAGACACACACACAAGACAUCCUCAUAUAUACACAUAAAACCGCACUUAUUAUAAUGAACUUCAGUUAAUUCAAUGGAAUCAUUUCGUAAAUGUCUGUUAAUAUCUUCUACAAAUGUGUUCAUGCCAUGGGCCCAUUCUGUAAGGGACUCCACACACUGGCAUAGGUAGUGUAGACUGGAGAUGAGUGUGAGGUGGUAGCAGUGUUCAGUCGUAAAUUGGCCUCUGAGGCUGAUAAUUGCAGGGAUAAUGUAAUUUGGAGACAGACAUCUGCUACUGUGUAAUAAUUAAGCUCCAUCUAAAGGUAACGAUAUGACUGGGAAACCAUUACACAUCUGCCAGCGAUUGGGUAGGAGGGAGACGUACACACACACGCACGCACAGUGAUUUCUGAAGACACUGUGAUAUAACACUCCACAAAGACUGUAGAAGGGGGGGGGUAACAGAAUUCAGAUUUAUCUAAAGAAAAUCUGAAUUCUGAGUGGAGGAGGAGGGCUGGAUGUCAGAAGGAAAUGGUCUUGUCUAUGGAAUCUGGAAGUCAGUCAGUCGGUGGUGUGUGUUGGGUAAAAAAUUAACCGGACUGUCCCAGUGAUGUGGACUAUAUAAUGCCUCACCUCUGUUCUCCCUAUCUCUCCCGCUGGGGAGGAAAUUGAAGUGUCAGACCAUUGGCCGCUCGGCGCUCUCUGAGUAUAUUAUUGUAGUUUCUGACUGCCAUUGCCUGGGUUUUUAUUAGUCCGUGGGGCACUCAUUCUACCAAGAGGAGACAGCUGAUCAGCCCCUUGCUCACUGGCUGUGUGGGAAGUGAAGAAUAAUGUGGUGUGGAAAGAAUAUCCAAUUCCAGAAACUUCUGUGGAAGUUAAAGUUUUGUAACUUGAUAGAGAAACGCCAUUGUAAUGAGUGUUUUCUAGCCCUGCCUGCUCAUAAAUGCAAUCUCAAACUGAAGCACGUCUUUGUCAAGUUUUUCAAAGGACCACAGAGGAAAGCUGUAUAUGAUAUAGUUGUUCCAAAUACAGAUGGAAAUGCUUAUUUUUUGAGGCCACACAAACAUAAUAGCUUAAAGACACUUUUAUUCAAUUACCACCAGACUAUUUUGUCUUGACAGAACAAACCUGUUUAUGCAACCACAGCAGGUGUCCUAAUUCCUCAUUCAGUUGUGAAAAGACAAAAAGAGAGGAAAACAACAACCUGUUGUUAAAGUCUCCCUCUUGGAGGGAGGGCACAGAGUCAGUCAAUAGGUGCAGACCAGGGCCAUCGUCAGUCAAACCUUUGCUUCAAGCAGAAUAUUAAAUAGAUAUUCGAAGUGAAAAUAUGGCCUAACAAAUUCUUCCCCUUACGUGAGGAGUUUGUGUAUCCAAUAUUGUUGUUGUUUACUGUCCAGCUCCACCCAUUGUAGGAUCAAGUGGGGGCCUUUGCUUUGGAAUGUCCAGCCACAAUGUUGGUGAUUCAAUGUGUUGUCCGGGCGUGGCAGGGGAAACGAUAUGUCAGUGUGUUGGUGCUUGGGGCUGUAAUGUGUGAAGAAUGGUGCCCUUGAGUGCAUAGCAUGUCGUCAUUGUCCAGUUGUGGCUAUGUGGCUGUAAUGAUAUGGUGCAGUUCUCUGUCUCUAAGCUCUGACCUCUGGGAUGGCCCUGUGGAACGUCCUAGAAGGGUCACAGGGAGGUGGGCUGGGAGGAGGAGGAGGCUGGAGGGGACACAUGGCAUCCUGCUCUGGAAUGUAUGACUGCCAUUGUCCCCUUCCAGACAGACCCUUUCAGUCAACCAGAGGGGACAUGGUGAUUCCCCAUGGAAUUUUAGUUUUACGUGCACUGUCAAUCUGUCUGUUUAGAUUAUCCAUUUGUUUAAAUCUAGAUUAACAUGAUACAUGUGUUGGCCUAUGUUCCACAAGGAAUACAAAGGCCUAAGUAAGUAAGUAAGAUACGUGUUUAUAAGAGUGUCUGGACUGGAGUGUGUUUGUGUUUGUGUCGAUGUGUAGUUGUGUUUGUGUUUGUGUCGAUUUAUAUGUUUGUAUUUAAGUCAUCUACUGUAUUUGUGUUUAUUUGUCCAUCUUUAGACAUGCAUACUCACUUAGGAUUUGUGUGUCCGCGAGUGUGUGUAAGCUUGUGUGCGCGCACGUGUGUGUGUGCAUAGUUAUGUGUGCAAGCGAGCAGGGACAAUAUUGAAGGGGGAUAUUAGAGAUGGAUGGAUUACUGAAAAUCUGCUAAAGAAGGACACUCCAUCAUUCACGCUUAUUAAGCACACAGCUAUUCUCCCAUGGCAUUCUCUCCAUCAUAUCCUCUCUGAUAGCAUAUCAGUCCAGCUCCUCACUGCUGUCUUCUCAUCAACAUCACAACGCACCAUGGCUCUCCAUCUCUCUCUCUUUCUCUCUCAUUCUCGUUCUUGUUCUCGCCACCUCUCUCUCCAUUUCUUUCUCUCUCUGUCAACUUCUCUCUGCAGCUCUGUCCCCUCCUUCUCUCUCCUCCUGUGACACUGCACAAACCAAACGGCGAGCCAGUCAGGUUGCCUUGGCAAUGUUAAUAGGAUUAGUAAUGGCUUAUGCAUAUCCGCCAUUCCGUGUCUGGGGCCUGAUUAGAGCAGAACAGUUUCCUGCACACUCUUCCAGAAGAACACCGCUCUAUUGCAAGUGGGUUGUCGACUGAUGCUAUGUUCCUUAGCCUUGACCCCGAAGCUGGACAUUGUUAAAUGCAGCUAACUGUCUAAGUGGUAAUACUUAGACCAACAGUCUAAAGUCCACCCAUUGAUAGGAUUUUUAGCUCUAAUGAUGCAGGGUAGCAACAGUAACAACAAUGCACAGUUAUGUAGACGCUGCCACCCCACUCAGAUAUACAGUACCAGUCAAAGGUUUGGACACACCUACCCAUUCAAAGGUUUUUCUUUAUUUGUACUAUUUUCUACAUUGUAGAAUAAUAGUGAAGACAUCAAAACUAUGAAAUAACACAUAUGGAAUCAUGUAGUAAUCAAAAAAGUGUUAAACAAAUUAUAUUUCAGAUUCUCCAAUGUAGCCUCCCUUUGCCUUGAUAACAGCUUUGUACACUCUUGGCAUUCUCUCAACCAGCUUCACCUGGAAUGCUUUUCCAACAUUCUUGAAGGAGUUCCCACAUAUGCUGAGCGCUUGUUGGCUGCUUUUUCUUCACUCUGCGGUCCAACUCAUCCCAAAUCAUCUCAAUUUGGUUGAUGUCAGGUGACUGUGGAGGCCAGGUCAUCAGAUGCAGCACUCCGUUACUCUCCUUCUUGGUCGAAUAGCCCUUACACAGCCUGGAGGUGUGUUGGGUCAUUGUCCUGUUGAAAAACAAAUGAUAGUCCCACUAAGCGCAAACCAGAUGGGAUGGUGUAUCGCUGCAGAAUGCUGUGGUAGCCAUGCUGGUUAAGUGUGCCUUGAAUUCGAAAUAAAUCACUGACAGUGUCACCAGCAAAGCACCCCCACACCAUCACACCUCCUCCUCCAUGCUUCACGGUGGGAACCAUACAUGCGGAGAUCAUCCGUUCACCUACUCUGCGUCUCACAAAGACACGUUGAUUGGAACCAAAAAUCUAAAAUUUGGACUCAUCAGACCAAAGGACAGAUUUCCACCGGUCUAAUGUCCAUUGGUUGUGUUUCUUGGCCCAAGCAAGUCUCUUCUUCUUCUUGGUGUCCUUUAGUAGCGGUUUCUUUGCAGCAAUUGGACAAUGAAGGCCUGAUUCGCGCAGUCUCCUCUGAACAGUUGAUGUUGAGAUGUGUCUGUUACUUGAACUCUGUGAAGCAUUUAUUUGGGCUGCAAUUUUUGAGGCUGGUAACUCUAAUGAACUUAUCCUCUGCAGCAGAGGUAACUAUGGGUCUUUCUUUCCUGUGGCGGUCCUCAUUUGAGCCAGUUUCAUCAUAGCGCUUGAUGGUUUUUGCGACUGCACUUGAAGGAACUUGAAAAGUUCUUGAAAUGUUCCGUAUUGACUGACCUUCAUGUCUUAAAGUAAUGAUGGACUGUUGUUUCUCUUUGAUUAUUUGAGCUGUUCUUGCUAUAAUAUGGACUUAAAUUGAAACAUAUAUUUUGAUUUGUUUAACACUUGGUUACUACAUGAUUCCAUAUGUGUUAUUUCAUAGUUUUGAUGUCUUCACUAUUAUUCUACAAUGUAGAAAAUAGUAAAAAAUUAAGAAAAACCCUGGAAUGAGUAGGUGUGUCCAAACUUUUGACUGUGUGUGUAACAGUCUAGGUAGGGAGUUCUGGCCAUGUGUGUAUUGGUCUAGGUAGGGAGUUCUGCCCAUGUGUGUAUUGGUCUAGGUAGGGAGUUCUGGCCAUGUGUGUAUUGGUCUAGGUAGGGAGUUCUGCCCGUGUGUAUUGGUCUAGGUAGGGAGUUCUGGCCAUGUGUGUAUUGGUCUAGGUAGGGAGUUCUGCCCAUGUGUGUAUUGGUCUAGGUAGGGAGUUCUACCCAUGUGUGUAUUGGUCUCGGUAGGGAGUUCUUCCCAUGUGUGUAUUGGUCUGGGUAGGGAGUUCUGGUCAUGUGUAUAUUGGUCUAGGUAGGGAGUUCUGCCCAUGUGUGUAUUGGUCUAGGUAGGGAGUUCUGCCCAUGUGUGUAUUGGUCUAGGUAGGGAGUUCUGCCCAUGUGUGUAUUGGUCUAGGUAGGGAGUUCUAUCCAUGUGUGUAUUGGUCUCGGUAGGGAGUUCUUCCCAUGUGUGUAUUGGUCUGGGUAGGGAGUUCUGGUCAUGUGUAUAUUGGUCUAGGUAGGGAGUUCUGCCCAUGUGUGUAUUGGUCUAGGUAGGGAGUUCUGGCCAUGUGUGUAUUGGUCUAGGUAGGGAGUUCUGGCCAUGUGUGUAUUGGUCUAGGUAGGGAGUUCUUCCCAUGUGUGUAUUGGUCUAGGUAAGGAGUUCUGCCCAUGUGUGUAUGGCUCUGGUUCUGGGUGGGGGGUUAUGCCCAUGCCAAGCUCCUCUCCCCAGCUCUGUGUGGAUCUUCACUUGUCUCUGGCUCCUUGCUGACACCCAUCUGUCCCUCCUCUCCCCCUCCCCUCCAGGAUUACGACCUGAGCCAGCUCCAGCAGCCCGACACAAUAGAGCCGGACACCAUCAAGCCUGUGGGGAUCCGGCGUAUGGACGAGAGGCCGCUGCACCCCGAGCCCAAGUACCCCAUAAGGUCAGCAGCCCCGCACCCCGGGGACAUCGGAGACUUCAUCAACGAGGUAAAAAAAUAAACAAUUAACAAACACACUAAUCUUCUCACGGUUAAACAUCUGCAUCUAGAAUAAUGCCACAGGAAGAUUUAGAGAAUGAUUUCAUAAACACUCUAAAGGUCAUGGUUGGGGUAAGGGGUAGAGGUAAGAAUAUUUCAUUUAAUGAAGUGAAUGCUUCAAAAUAAAGGAAAGCAGUUGAACAGAUGAUGCAAGCUUCACAUUUGAAUUUAGCUCAGGUAUAUUUAGCUAAUCUCGCUCCCUGUACUCAUGGAAGUAUUGAUUGAAACAGAACAGACGCAUACAGACAUGAAAGGUUAAUGGGAAAUUGAAUAAUGAGGGUUGUCAAACUGAAUUUUUUGCUUUGGGGAGGGUUGUGUGGUUUUUUAUUGGGCACAGGUUUACAUUCACUGUUCUAUUCAUAUUUUCUCUAUAAACAAUGGCUUGACUUACUUUUGAUAUUAUCCUAAUAAAGUUUAGAAACAUUUGUGAAGGUUUGGUAUGGUGUGGCUAUUAUUAAGCGUUAGCUGCUGCAGGCCUAUGCUGUGAAGGCAGCGCGCCCUGGCGCUUCAACUGACUCCGGCAGUUGAACCUGAGGUGAGGAAGACUGUUUCAGGCCUACCAAAGUUACUCCUAUAAUCUAACAAUAUAAUGCUUAUCUUUAUACAAAAUAUUCUGAUAGAAAAUUAACAAAAUAUAUAUAUAUAUAUAUAUAAAUAUCAUACAGUGGACACCUAAGCCUAUAGGCCUAUGCAUGCAAUGCCCUGAUACAUUUAGUGCUCAAAUCUCUGACAGCUGAACCAUAAAAUGAACAAUUAUUGUUUUAGGAAAGUAGCCUAAAAACCAAUAAAGAAUUGGCUAUAUAGUUUUGCAUAUGCUACACAUCGAAACACAAGGAAUUGUUUUUUUGUAAUUUGUUAUAGGCUGUUUUUAAGGUCACGUAAAUGUGGCUCAUUUGGCCAACAUCCCUUGUUUAUUGAUAGGGCUGGCUGCACCAGGUCGGAUCUGAAUGCAUAUUGAUGUCCAUUCAAUUUCUCAAAUGUCCGGUAAAUUAAAAUCUUCCCUGUCAUGUUGUCCAGCGCCAAAUUAUCCUAAAGGAAACUGAAAUGCCAUACUGUUUUUAUGAAGAUUCUAGAAUAUUUGCAUGAAAAUCUGUCGCAAUUGGAUGGAAUCCUAGCUAUAGACACCCUAAAGACUCUGGCAAGUGCGCUAGUCCAGUGUCACUUUGAUUAUGACUGCACAUCAUGGUUCACCAACAGCCCCAAACAUCUAAAAAAUAAGCUACCAGCCAAACAAGCUUGUAAGAAUUGUACUUAAACUCCCCCCUCAUACUUAUCUGGAGGUUGAGCAUGUGUGUAAUGUGUCUGUAUCUAUGUAAUUGUAGAUUUAUUUAUGUAAAAAAAAAUAGGGACCACAAUGGAAAUAAGUCCCCGACUUUAUUGUGCAAUCCCGGUCACUUUAAAAAUCUUUGUGUAUAUAUGCAUAUUUUUUUUUACUGACAAAAAAAAAAAUCAACCAAUCCAAACUGUGCAAUCCAAACUGUGAUGAAUGGAAAGAGACAUCUGUUACAAAACACCAACAUUUUAAUGACAUUCGGAGAUUGUCAAGCCAAGCCUUCGGUACUGGGUACACGGUAAGGAGGGAUGUAUGUUCUGUUUGUCCAGAUUGACAUAGUCUAUUUAUUGUGGUGUUGAAAAUGCAAACUAUGAUAUUGAAGUGCCCGAUGUUGGUAUGCUUUGUUUAUUGGUUGUGUGGUACAUUGGCACAGAAACCUGUUGCUGGAAAAUUUGUUGCAUAUAUUUUAUAUAAUUAUCAUUGUCUGCAGCCGGCUCUGAUCGUAGUGUAAUGAAACAGGCAGGGAGAGUGAGCUCGUCUGUGAUGGUCGGCGAACCCUCAACCUUUUGGCCCGUAGCCCUGCGUGGCAUCGACUGUGCCACAAAAACAUGCUGAAGUGGCAAAGUCGAUAUCCACGUUUAUAAACACAGGGUCGCUACAGUUAUUGUUAUCUGUGGUCGUUAACAUUAUUUAGAGUUAAUUCUAUGAGGGGGGAGGGUGUUCAAUUUAUUUUACAGAAGGGGGGGGGUAUUUAUAAUGUGUCCAAUUUAAGUGAACUAAAUCCACACAUGUAAUUAUAAUAUUAUGAGUAUUCAAAGAGAGUUCACUUGGAGAGAAUUGUGUUUCUCUUAGCUGUGCAGCAGAAUCGGCUGGGGUAAUAGUUUUAGACGUCUCUCUGUAGAGAUCUAGUGGGAUGAGAAAGAGAACAGCACAUUGCCUUUCCAUAGAGGUGCCCUGUUCUGUUCCUUCAUGGCCUCGCUUGCCUCAGGGCACCAUUGACUCCAGCGUUGAAGGUGGGAUGUAAAAUGAACUGGACGGUCAUGUAUUUUUCACCAGCUCCAACAGACAAGACAUUCACUGUAUUAAAAAUUGAGUUCUCUUUCUCUGUCUCCCCCAGUUUUUGGCCUAUUCCCAUGUUUUUAGAUUAGAACUCCCCUACUCGCGCUAUAUCUCUCCCACUACCCCUCCCUUGCUCUCUCAGAAAAUUCCUGAAUACACUUAAUGCUCUUGUCAGUUCAAUUUAUAUAGAGUGAGUUUGAGUGUUUUGCCCAGUGUGUAAAAAAGCUGCAACACUUAUUGGAGCAGAGACAGGUCUGCUGUUUUAUGUAUUAUUUCUGUACAAGGACAGCAGGAUGUUGUGGGCCAGAGCAUCCUGACCUAGACAUCCACAUUACAGGCAGUACAUGUCAGCCUGUUUCCCAUCACAUACACAUGCACGCACGCACGCUCACACAUGCACACACGCACACACACACACGCACACACACACACACACAGGUGGUCAUCGUAGAUUCUAUCCACUGCCCCCUGCUGGCAGCUGGUUUAUGCCUUCUUCAUUGGGGUUGGAAUCUGACCUGGUUGCUCAGGGUGGAGUGGGGUGGGCGUGGGGCUGGGGUGAUGUGUCUGGGCUCAAAGUCUGGAGUGCGCACACAACCCCAUGCCCACAGAGCAUUUGGCAGUUAAUAAAAAAAUGGGGAGUUAAAAUUUAAGCGUAGGUCUCAAAUCCGCCCAAGAAUUUAGCCUCUCGGAGUGGCCAAACAAUAGUCUAUUAUUCAGCUUUUAGUCUGUUCCCACUCAGGGAGGUAAUGUUUGGGAAAUAAGCCUCACCUUACAUAACCUUUUGUUGGCCACAGGCUCUGGACAAAAAGUUCACACAGAUUGAAGGUUCAAAUAAAGUGUUAUUGGGGGAAAAGUAUUUCAAGUCAACAUUUCAACACUGUGUUACACUCUGAACCCCCAUAUUCACAGUGACAAUACUACAGUUUGUAUCUAAUCAGGGGGAAAUGAACAGAGAAACUUACCCUGCAAAUCUCUGAAUAGGAUGUUAUUCAAUUCAAUAAGAGACCUGUAUUGUGAGCAGUGGAUCAGUGGGUGAAGUCAGGGGAGGACAGGGCAGCACAAUAUUUUCUUAAGAUGGACGAUAGUCUCUCUCACACAGUGGAUGACUCAGUUUUAAUGUAAUUAGGAGGGCAAAGCUCUGUGAUUGGCUAACCUUGUCACACUACCAGUGGGGUGGGUGGUUGUGCCGCAUGGCGCUCUAUCCAUCGGAGCAGUGAUGGCUGUAAUUGUAAUGAACGAUCCAUCUGUCAUAUUUCCCACCAAAUUAUCAGUGCCACAGCCCUGAGCAAACAUUCAACAAAGGCUAAGAAGUGGAAAAUAAUCACUAAGCAUCUGGGCACUUUGUUUCAAUCUAUCCUUUUUAGAGAGAGAGAGAGAGAGAGAGAGAGAGAGAGAGAGAGAUAGAGAGAGAGAGAGAGAGAGAGAGAGUAGAGAGAGCUGAGAGAUAGAGAGAGCUAGAGAGCUCUCUCUCUCUCUCGCUUGAUCUCUCGAGUCUCUACCUCUCUCCUCUCUCUCUCUCUCUCUCUCUCUCUCUCCUUCUCUCUCUCAUCCUCUCUCUCUCAUCUCUCUCUCUCGCUCUCUCUCUCUCUCUCUCUCUCUCUCUCUCUCUCUCUCUCUUUCUCAUCUGCUCGCUCUCUCUCCCCCUACCUACCCAAAAAAUCUCUGACAUGUUUUCCAAUGAGCCUAGUGGCUCGUUUGUUUCUAUGUGUUGUGCUCUGUUUCUUUUAAUUCAGUUAUUAUUUGUUAGAUGUUCUCACUGGCAGUGAGAAGAGGUUGGAAUCGGGCCUGGGCCCAAUGCUCUUCAUGGCCAAAGCACAUCUCCUGUGCUAGAUUAGCAAUCCAUCAAGUCUCUAGAGUACCGUUAAGGAAUGGGCUUGGAAAUCAAUAGCAAUCCAUAAGGACCUCUCACGCUGCUACGAGAGCUUCUGGUAAUGUUAAGUACAAUCUUCAAAAUGGAAACCACCACCAUCGCACCCCACCCUCUGGAACACACACUACUGGAACAUACACACACACACACACAAAGACAAUGUUGCUCAGCACUUCCUUCCUAGUUUUGGGGAGCAAUACUUGAACACAUGAAAUGGAGUGUGCAUGUAGUACUGUACCAGGGUCCAGAGUGUGGUGGGGAUAGCUGGCAUAUUGUCAGUGCCACUACAGUGAUCUCCUCCUCUCAGCCCUCCAAGCCCCUCAGGCAGCACCUGUGGACAGGGGAGUGAUGGAGGGUUGAGGAGGGGGGAGGGCCAGGCUAAGUCAUCAGUGGCAGCCUUCCAGUGAGCUGAGGCAUUUGGUCAGGCUGUCAUGCUUAAUCUCAGUUUUUGAUAAAGUCCUGGAUAAUCCUGCAUGCCAGAAACAUCAGGGAGAAUCAAAGCCAAAACGCUUCACUGCAGACGGACACACAGAGGGAAAUUAGAGCCGUUCUUAAUCCAUGAAAAGGACCUGAUUUUCUAAACAUGUAGAAGGGAGGAAAACAUUAGGAAAAUGCUAGCCUGUUAAUAUUAGCCUGUUUAGGUGGAAGUAGGGGAUAAGAACAUGUCUGUGAAUGUGAAUGGUGUUUUAUAGCUGUUGUCAGACAGGGUUUGGUCAUGGUGGACUGGCUGGCCUUAAUCUCCUCACUCAUCUAACUGUGUUUUUUUAUUUCCUCCCGUCCAUCCAGGGACUUAAGGCAGCGGACAACGACCCCACAGCCCCGCCCUACGACUCCCUGCUGGUGUUCGACUAUGAAGGCAGUGGCUCUACAGCUGGCUCCCUAAGCUCUCUCAACUCCUCCAGCAGCGGAGGGGACCAGGACUACGAUUACCUCAACGAUUGGGGCCCUCGCUUCAGAAAACUCGCAGACAUGUACGGAGGGAGCGACGACUAG